AAUAGCAUUCUUUCAGUGAACCGAGCUCGCGCUAGGACCCUCGUCGGGCACCGGGGGAAGUCCUCUGCUGCUGGCGGGGCAAGGCAGAGCACACAAACACACUCACACAUCCACGCACACACUCAUACACAAACACACACACGCACACACACUCAACCGACAGCUCUUCUCCGACAGAGGAGAGAGAGCGCGGGCGCAGAGAGGGAUAAACCGAGGGAGAGAGAGAGAGAGUGAGAGAGUGAGACUAUAGGAACGCAGCGGCUCGUAUGCGUGUGUGCGCGCGCGCGUGUGUGUGUAGGUACGCUCGCUCGGUGGUAGAAACGACUGGCGGGGCGGACAUGGAGGGGCUCAGGAAAAACGCUGGGAACUGACCGAGCACCGAGACGAAGAGAGAGGGAGAGAGAGAAGAGAGAGAGAAGGAGAAAGAGAGGAAGGACGGACGGACAGCAGGGGAAGGAAGGAAGGAAGGAAAGGAGGAGAGGAGGAGAGAAGUGUGACAGAGGAGAGGAAGACUGUGAAGAAGGGACUCGUCUGGAAAACAGAAGGAUCCUAAGGUGACUUUAUGGGGCUUCCAUGGCUGUGUGUGUGUGUGUGUGUGUGUGUGUGUGUGUGUGUGUGUGUGUGUGUGUGUGUGUGCAGCUCAGGCAGAUGUGCGUGUGUGUGAGAGUGUAUGUGUGUGUGUGUGUGCGGGGUGUUGACAUGUGCUGCAUGGCUCUGCACUUAAAGGGAAGAGUGGAGGUGUGUGUGUGUGUGAGAGAGUAAAGGAGAAGGGGGGCAUGUGUGUCUCUAAGUGCGUGUGUAGUCUAUAUAUACAUCUGUGUGUGUGUGUGUGCGUGGGGGCGUGUGCGAGUUUUUAGUGUUGUUUUUCCACCAGCUAAAAAAGGGGCCAAAGUGUGUAAGGGAGCUGAGCUGACCGCUAUAAACUGGAGUGAAGGGAUCAAAAGGAGUGGAUACUUUUUUAGGGAACAGCCUGAUCCCAUUCCCACACACACACACACACACACACACACACACACACACACACACACACACACACACUUCUCAGGUAGGCUGCUUCAACUUGAGCCAGAGAAAGAAGAGGGUUACACUCCCUCCAAAGAAGGCAUAGUCCAUUUUUACCUCCUUUUCCUCCAGUGUGUGUGUAUGUGCAUGCGUGCAAAUGUGUGUGUGAGCAGAGUUUUUGUGCAGCAGGUAACACACACACACACACACACACACACACACAAUGUUUGGCUGGUGAACGCAAACGCAGCACAGGGCGAAUUUUCUGUUUUCCGAAAGCUGACGUUGACACUGAAGGAGGCUUGAUUAGUAGUAGCAGCUCCUAAUGUGUGUGUGUGUGUGUAUAAGUGUGUGCAUGUGUGUAUGUGUAUGUGUGUGUGUGUGUGUGUGCCAUAGACGGCAAACAGGUUGAGGGGAGGCAGAUCUGAUCAGACGCACAGCAACAGAGGAGAGAGCGUGGCACAGGCUGAGCAGCAGCACAUUGGAUUACACACAGACGAAUACACACACGCACACGCGCGCACACACACUCGCAAGCUUUGUGGCCAGCAGAACAGCUGGGAGAAUUGUGAGUGUGUGUGAGUGUGUGUGUGUGUGUUAGUGCCUGACAGCGUUUUCACUUAAUGCAUGCGUCUGCCUUUGCACGUGCAGGACUGUUUGCCUCUGUGUUAUCCUUUGCUACUGUGUGUGUGUGCGCAUGUGUGUGUAUAUAUGUGUGUGUGUGUGUGUGUGUGUGUGCCCAUCUGGGGCUGUGUAAAUAUGUAUGUGCAGGGAAAGAAUGUUCUGUCAUCUCUACAGACAGACGGCGUGUGUGUCUACCUCUUCCUCCUCCUCCUCUCCUGGUCUGGAGUCAGGAGGUGGAGGAUGAUCGAGAAGGAGGAGGAGGAGGAGAGGAGAGGAAAAAAGCGAUCAAAUGACGGCGAGAGAGAGAGAGAGGCAGAUGAGGAGAUUAAUCCGGUGGCGAGAGAUGAAACUGAGACAGAGAGGAAGGAGAGAGGACGGUGGAGAUUUUUAGGACAGAAGGAAGGAGAAGAAGGUGGAGGAGGAGGAGAUGGAGUGAAGGAGACGCGGGCUGACAUGCUCUCACCGGGAGCGCUCAUUCAUAAUUCACCUCCAUGGCAAACGUUCAUUCACAUAUUGACCCCCCAUGGCUGCGCUCAAUGGAGUUCUCGCCCCUCCACCUCUCGCUGUCUCUCAAUGGACACCCCUGCGGAGCCGCGUUCAGUUAGCCCGCUUCUUUUGCACUUUGGAGACAGUUCAGCCUCUCACAGUUUGACAAAGAACCCCGCUCUGUUUUUAUCCGUUACGGCUCCUCUGACACUUUUUCAGUCGGGGGCUCUGAUGUGAGAUUGUGUAAAUUGAAUAUUGAAUCCAGACUCCACCCUAGACGCAGAUAAUUGAUAUGGAUGGCUCAGUGGGUUAGUGCUCUCAGCACAACUGUUGUUGGUCAGAUUCCCUGAACGCGACUAAAACAGUCUAUAAUGGAUCUAUAAUUCAUGUGCAGAUGAGUUCAAUAGUCUGUGUUUUGAAUAAAACUAUCAGACGGCUUUCUUGGGUGCCAGGACAUGAUUUAUUCAGGGUAAAUACUGGAAAACGAUUGUUUUAAUAUUUCUGAUUGUAUUAGCCGUGCCUGGAAGUGAGACAGUGACCCACUGCUGCGCUCAGGUCAGCUGAGGCCCGUCAGCCAUAUGGCGGAGUGUCUAAAAAUGCACAGUCAGAGAAAAAGUGUACCGUAGAGGUGAACAAAACAAGAAAAAAAGUUCUGGAUCUGACAAACUUUACAGGUCUGAUGGACUUACAGGAAGUAGUCGGUGUGUCAACGCUCCAGGUUUGAUGCUGUUGUAUCCUCGACUGUAUAACAGAGGUUUAGCGUUUCUUAAAUCUUCCACAAAUUGGAAUGAACUUGUAUUUCUGCACAGUGCAUCAUGGUCCUGCCAUUACCGGUUUGAUUCCCCAUGGAUUGAAGCAGACUAAAUAUAGUUAAACUAAUUAAAAGCACACACAGCCCCCCAUCCAAAAGACAGAAAAUCCAAUAUUAAAGUGACUCCAGUGACCAUUGAGCUCAGUGUUAGAACUGAACGAACGCUAAAAUAACAGUAAAAAGCAGUUUUUUAAUAUUAUUUUUUAUUUACCAAACAGUCUGUUAUAGGGAAACUUUUCAGACUGCACCCAAAACAUCUAUCUGAUGGACCUGAUUUAAUCCUAUCGGUGGGAUCGACUAUCUACUACUACUAAUAAUGUGAACCCAACAUGUUUGAAAAGAACUAGGAUAAAGCAUUAUGCUUAUUUAAACCCCUACCCCUUCUCUGCUACUAAAUGAACAGUCAGUUUCUCCAACAUAUUUACAUUAUAUCUUUAAAAAUAGAAAAUUAAUAGAGUAAAUAAACAGGAACAUAAAUCAUUUAUGAAAACACCUGAUGGUAAAAGCCCUUCUUCCUCCAUGUACCUGGUGAGAACCAUGUGUUUGUACCGCUUUUUAAACUUGAUGGAUGUCACCACUUAACAUGGGCGGCAGUUCAUCAGGUGAGACAAUUUUUAGGAUCCUAAAACACUUUCACACAAGAUUCCGGAGGUGUUUUGGUGUCAUAUUUGUCCACCAUUUUUAAAGAGUAACAUUACUGUAUCAGUCUGUGAGGUCAAGAAUGCAUGGACAGGCCAGGUUACAAUUAGCGCACCCCCUCCUGAAUCAUAUGAUAAACUAGUUGAGGUCCAGUUCGACUAUGAACUUUCGCCACAAAAUUUGAAUUUUCGGACGUUUGAAAAGACACCCUAUAAAUACAGUCAGUGUGGUGUUUACACAUCGCAAUUCCGCCUUCAUCAUGCCUUUAUACUUACAUAAUGAACUCCGCAAUGGUGGGAUAUUGCUGUCCCAAAUUUACACAUAGCGCAUUACAGUGCAGUGGAAGUGCAAGCAGCACACACAGCAGGGACUCCUCAUGUACGUUCAGUCAGAUCCAGCCUGCUGGCCUCGAAGCUACGCACUGUUGGAACAAGUUCGCCCCGGCGUUGCGACCUUAUGUGUGCGGAUUAUGCAUAACGAGCGUGAUUGUCAACAUGUGGGAGCCUUUAGUGGCCGAUCAGGCUUUUCUGCAUCAUCCACAGUUGAUACUAAAGAGUUCUUAUAAUGACUCGUUUGACAUUACAAUCCAAUACUUUAUGAUAUGGUACAAUAUGAUACGAUACAAAACAAUAUGACACGAUAGAGAUAUGUUAUGUGCAAUGCAAUAAGAGUUGACUUGGUAACUUACGAUAAGGCAUGAUAUAAUUUGAUGUGACACGAUAAGAUGCAAAAAAAAAAGUUAAGCGCAGGAAUAAUGCCAUUAGUGCCACCACAAAGUGUCAUAAAGUUGUGACAUGAUACUUUAAGAGUGAAUAAUUGUAUAACAUGAAUAACACAUGUUGAGCGGUGGUUUGCUUUUUGGUGGCAGCGCAAGUUUAGCUUUGUCAUGUGACCCUCGGUUUGAUGAUAAUUCCUUUCAGUCACAUUACUUUUCGGACAUGUUGGGUUCACAUCAUUAUUAUUAUUAUUAUUUUUGCUUUGAUUAUUGUUAUUGUUGUUUUGAAUAUUCUCAAUGGUUUUGUUUGUUUGUUUUCAGUUUACUUUCUUGUGUUGCACGCAGUCCCAGUGUCGGAGGACCAAACAACAAUACUCCGACUCUCAUGGGCUUAAUUUGUCGUGUAAACCCUUAAUGAGCCGUAUGUUUAUGUUGAAACAGUCAACAGUGAAGUUUUUGAAUCCAAACACUGACAUCGCGCUCAGAGGAUAUUUAAGGAUUAGGCAGUAUGAAAAGAACAGGGCGUAACUUUGAAGCCAUUACUUUACUGUUACUCACUCUGAUGGAAAGCGUCUUUGGAGUCACUCCAAAAUAAAGUGAGUCAAAAGUGCACAACAAUGUGUUAUAUAACUUCUGGAAGGCAUCGCAGUUGUAUCACCUUAAAAGUUACGCUGCGCCGGAGAAACUUUGGCGAGUUUGAAAACCUGUUGCUGCGCCGCUUUCGAGAAGCAGUUGAUGGUGAAUCUGCAGUGUGUUUGACUUUGAUUCAUGCGUUAAAACAUGUGGAGAGUAUGAAGUUGAGUGUUAAACUGCACAGGCAGCCUAAGUGGCCGAGAUGGCUGAGAAGAAUAAUGCUCCUCUGUAUCCCCCAGGUUAUAAUUGUCUUCAAUAGGCCUCCUGCUGAUUUGAAAUGGACUCAUUGUCCACAGUGCUGGGCACCUCUGCUCAAUUAGCCUCUCUCUACUUAGUCGUGCUGAGCUAUUGCUGGUCGCAUCCUCGCUCAGAGGUGCGCAAAUACACACUGACACAUACUGAACAAAGUUAGAGAGCAAUGAAAUGCACACAGGCAUCAGGAAGACGUCAGCGGGUGUAAAAAUAGAGCUAAUAAAUGGGGGGAAAAGUGUUUUAUGUUUACAAGGGCUGAUGUCAUGUUUGGUUUAGAUCCAUAGCGGAGGAAUCGGAGGGCAGCUGUGGCGAGUAUCAGCCCGCUCCGCUCUGCUCCGGCUCCGCUCGCUGCCGUUUCUUUUGCUGCUUUCAAAAAAAGGAGCGGAGUUCAAGGAGUUUUUGGUUUGUGUGUUUGCCUCUACGUGUUUGUGCUUGUGUGUUGUUUUCAGCGGCGGAGGCAUGCACAGGGUGACGCUGCUCUGGUUGCCUGGCAACACAGGAACGUGGGUGGAAGGAUUUCCUGUCCCUAGGAAGCUUUGUUUAUAAGUGGAGGGGGUGAGUGUGUGUAUGCAUAUGUAUGCGUGUGUGGAUUUCAGUAUGCAUUUCAGCAGUAUGCUUGAGUGCGUGUGUGUUUUUAAUGCACUCCUCACCUCGAGUUAAAGUGCAACUGAAAAGUCACUUAAGACACGCUCACACACUCUCUGCACACACACACACACACACACGGCAAAAAAGGCUCUUUCUAGUCUGUUUGAGUUGGAUUUGUGUUGCAUAACUCCUCCAGCCAGGUCUGCUCGCUCGGCUCUGUCUCCUCCUCCUUUUCUCCCCCCCAAAACACUCUCCCUCAUGUCACAGCCGCCGCGCUCACGCCAGGCCGCCUCCCCGCUAAUGAUGUCAUCAGCAUGCCUCAUUUUAUGUCUCCUCUCACACAUGAGAUUGCAAUUAUGUGUUCUUGCCCUGCAUGCGAUUACCAAAAAAAAAAAAAAACCCACACUCACAGCAUGUCUGUCCCGCAGGCGUUGGACCCCGUGAUUACGUAAUUGACAUUGAGUGAAUGGGGAUGACGUCAGCUUGGCGCUCUCUGACUCUCCUGUCUUUCUGGCUAGCUACAGUGAUGUCAUAAGUGGAUGCAGCCAUACACGGUUUAUGUGUGCGCGGGUGUGUGUGUGUGUGUGUGUUUGUUGGCGUGGAUAAUCAUGUGUGGAGACAAAAAUGACCUCAGGAACCAUCUGAUUUAUAUAAUGUGAUUACUCCUCCUCCUCUUUCCCUUCCUUCCUCCUUUCUCCCUCAAAGUGAAAAGACUUCCUAGCCUAUGGAUUUUUUUUGUUUUCCCAGCACCAUGACACAUCUAAAGACGCUCUUCAAAUCUUUAACAUUGAAACCUACGUAUGAUCUGUUUGCGAUCUGGUAUUUUCAAACUCAAGAAGCAGAUUCACGGUUUCUGAAAAUGUCACCAUUGACCUGAGCAGUUGUCCUCAUGCCCCGUGGGCGACAACCUGACCGUCCUCCCAUAAACUCAUUCAUUCAGUUGCUGCUGGUCUAGUGGUCUUGUUGUCCUUUACUAUCCUUUACCCUGUCCUCUUUAAAAAGCCUGAAAAUAAAGCCUCUGAAAUUAAAAAUAAAGGGGAGAUUUAUUCGUUCGGCGGAUUAAUGGCAUUUUAAAAUAACGACGCCGAUACCUGCGCUCACAAGGCCGAUUAAAAAUGUAUGUAAGGACUUAGAAUGGUUGAGAUUGAGUUUGUGUUAUUGAGCUUGCUGCCCUGGGACCUUUCUGAGCUCACCCUGGAUUCUGUUUAGUUAAUGAUGUGUGUUACAGUUGGUGUUGUACGUUUGCAGAAAGUUACCUCUGUGCAGUCGGAGCGUGCUCCACAUCUGUGACCUGGGUUCAAUUUAACCUUUCCUGUAUGUCGCUCCCAUUCAUCAAGUUAUGACAGAUUUUUUGAUUUCCCAACCUUAAAGGUGGGGUAGGCAGGAUCUGAGGAAGUGCCAGUUUUUAGGAGAAAUCUUGAAUGUAAACUCUACCCCUUCCAACCAGUUUCCCCUCAGCUCCUCCUCUCCCCUCUCUCUCUGCUCCAGCAAGCCCCGCCCACAAAUAGACGCUCCUGCUCGCUCGUAUCGUUUCAAUUAAAUUCAUAUAUAAUGCAGAUAAAUACUUCAAAUGUGGACCAGUCAACGUGAAAGUCAAAAGCAUUGGUGCUACUGUAGAUGCCAACAGACUACCAGCAAACUCAAUGUUUGCAGGACUUCUACAACUAGGAUAAAGUGACAUAGUCCAGGACCCGAGGUCAACAGUUUAGCGGCGCUACAACAUGCUACAGCAGGUCCGUUUGACAAGAAACACUUCUGUUACAGACACUUGUCUUACUUUGUUAAAGCGGUUUACAUGUCCAGCAGAAAGGUUACAGGGUCCGUAAGAUCCUGAACCGUCCACGAUCAUUUUUGCUGAUGUUGACCCGGCUAUUUAGCUCUUGUCCGGUCUACCUCCGUUUUAAGCGCCCGUUGUUCCGCCAGAGUCUCCGGUAUUUACUUCGUUUUCUUGCUUGUGUCGGCAGUCGUGGCCAAAGAGGGAUCCGGACAGUUUUACGUAAUAUCUGGUUUGUUUCUACUGUCCGAUGUCAUAGCACGCUAACUUUGUUUCAGCUCAUGCGCGUCAUUCGAGGACGUGGAGCGUGCCUCACAACCAAUCAGGUUAGAGGAGGUGAAGAACGGCUUUGUUUACAGUCAGAAAGAGCGGGCCGCUCAAAAAAUAUAUAAUGUUGACUACACAGACAUAACAAAACACAGCGAUAUCAUUAUUGUUGUCAUCAAUAACUAACAGCUAUUGACUGAUAUUUAAAGCUUUUUUUGCAUAUAGACCACAAAAAAAGAUGGUUCUUUAACAGAAUCCUGCCUACCCCACCUUAAGUUGUUGCUUUUGUAUAUUAUUGAAUACAGAAAAUGAGUGUGAAUGAGCGUUUACAUGGCUGUUUAAUCCCUGAAAAUUAAAGGAAUAUGCUAACUUUUUGGGGUUUAAAUAUUAGAAGAGGAUCAGCAGUUUUAUUCUGAUCAAGUCGAGUCGUUUUUAUUUCAAUUGUACAGUUUUUCCGACUCUUCCCUGACUGGUCCCUGCCUGUUGCAUCCCCAGGAGAGCUGCUCCCUCCUAAAACGAACGUCCCAAUGUCUCACAAACCUGUAACUCUAUCGCCUUCUUGCCCUCCAUCUGCGCCUGUCUGACCUUUGUUGAUUCUCAUCUUGAGACUCGCCAAAUACUCCCAGGCAGGCACUGAAUGAAGAGAGAUAAGAAAUGAUGCCGGGUCGUCUCCACAGAUACUGUACAUGCCAGUUCUUAUUUUAACAACAAGGAAACGCCGCGUCACACGGAAAGAGAGGAGUGAUUCGGUCUUUCUUCGGCGCUCUCUCUCAGACAAAAAUAUCUGUUUUUAGCCGGCUGUUUGAGAAGACGAGCGCUCUAUUUGUGGCGUGAGUCGAAUAGGCCGCUUGUUGCGUUUGUGGUUGAAGCUCUGAACAUCAGCCAGCGCUGGAUGGGAGAACUGGGAGGUUUUUUAGCAGACCUGAGCGCCCGCUAAAAGACGCAUAAACACACUUUGUCUUUUUCUGUCCUCUCUUGUUUUUUUCUCUCUAACCUCAAACACAACCCAAAUCACACAACACGGUGGAAAGCCAGCGCAAACACACAUGCACGAGGUUCAAAUGCGAAAUAUGCAGAAUUUCCUAAUAAACUGAUUAACUUUAGCUCUACCCGCUAAGACCGAACCACAAACAAUCAACUGUACAUUCCUGCAAACACACACACACACACACGGCUUAACACUCCGCCGGAUGAUUCGACAUCAUUCAAUACUCACACUUCACACACGCGCAGAAAUAAACACAGAGACAAGAGCUGGACGGACAACCAAGGCCACAAAUAAAUCAUGGAUGCCGUCUGAAUGAUAUCAGCCGUUACACAAGAGGUUACAGUUGGACACAACCAAAGUAAUUACACAAACGCACGCACACACACACACUAACACUAACCCCCACCCCCUAGGAGUCUUAAGGCCUUAGUCAGCGUCUGUGUGUCCGUGCGUGGGCCUGUUCCCUGGCAGAGUGAGAGGAAAAAAUACCUUCCCAUAUGAUGUAAACACCAAGGUCCCUGUGUGUGUGUGUGUGUGUGUGUACUCAUGAGUGUGUGUGUGUGUGUGUGUGUGUGUAUUUGACUGGCAUUCCCUGAGAUAGGAUUCGCUCUCUGUGACAGUUUUCCAAAUUAUUCCACAACACGGUGCAGUUUCUUUUUAAAGAUAAGUUUCCCUGCCAUCUCCGCUUUGUUCCACUGCACACGGUGGAAAGAGACGGAGCAGACGGGGCGGCCGACAUGUGACAUCACACGCGAAAGUGAGCGAGGACGUUAAAAAAAACGCCAAAAACAAACCAAAACAGAAGAGGGCACCGCUUUAACUCGAUUUUUAAAAAUGUCUUUUAUUGAUUUUCUGAUGGUUUUGGAGCACACAGAACAUUGUUUUGAGUAAUGCCAAACAAGUGAACUUUAUUAUUUCUGCUGUUUUAUAGAAAACACAAUUAUUGAGUCUUCAGGAGGCCCCCGCUCGCUUUUGAUCUGAAACAUGACUCACAUUUUCGAUAUGUAUGCGUUUGUGUGCAAGAGAGAGAGAGAAAAUGUCAAACUGAUGUAACUCAAAAAGGGUCUCCAAGCUGGAGUAAAAUGUGUCCCAUAUGUUUCUAUUACAGAAAAACUAAACCUAAAGCUCAGAGACACACCAUGCUUCGAUAAAUACACAGAUUUAAAGCUGCAUUACAAGUUUUUUAGUAUAUUGACGGCAGCUACAUUUUACAAGAUCUAGAGCUGAUCAAACAGCAUCCCUACAUUUGACCUCCUCUGUGGACACAACAGUCUCUGGUUUGAAGACAAUAUCAGUGCAUCUUAGUAUUGAAAUGUUGUGUUUACUUUUUGCAUUGAUUCUUAGAAACAGUUUUUCUUCACAAGUAGAAAAAAAACAAGGACUGUUUGUUAUGAAAUAAAAAACUUUAUUUCCUGCACCAGAUCACGAAAAAGUCUUGUGUUACAGAGACUGAAAAGUAAAAGUGACUAUUGAGUGUCACAGAAAUUGUGAUGUAGUUAAGUAGGGCUCGGCGAUAAACCGAACAUGUACAGAUACCGAAAUGUACGACAAUAACCGACGUCAUUUUGCUCAUAUCAGUAUAUUCAGAGUCAAAUAAAUGAAUAAAUCAAAGUUGGUUUUGGAUGUGUGUAGGUAGGCUAUGGUCUCAUGUCCCUUUAAGACGCUGUCCUACAUCAGAGACGUGACUCCACCCCAUCCAGUCUGUAACAAAGAGUGAAAGACAGGUGAGGAGAUGGAGGACGGUUCAAAAGUUAAAGCGGCUGAAGUAUAUGAAGUUAAUGUGGGAAGGAGUGAGCAGCUUGUGGAGUAGUUAUCGUCCAUUUAUCGUUAUCAAGGUGAACUGAUCAAUAUAUCGUGAUAUUGAUUUAAGGCCAUUUCGCCCAGCCCUACAGUUAAGAUCCAACGUGAAUGUGUUACACAAUUGAAAUCACAUAAUAUUUAGUCUUAUUCAGUGCACCAUAGUCAAGCUUUACAGUAUUGUCUUCUUGCCUCCUGCUCCUGAUGGAGAAUAAACGGCAUAUUUUAUUUUGAAAAACUCAUAUAUAGCUCGGUUGAUAAGUCAUAAGUCGUUUGCACAGUUUGAACGAAGCACGCAGACGCAGUGUCAGCUGAGCGCCUGCAUCCCAACCUCACAUUCCUCCGUUUUUUUGUUUGUUAUGAACUUUUUACACAUGCACCUCUGCAUUUUUCUAACUGUGGAAAAGUGUCUGUACUUAACAGCAGUCUCCCACCUGUAAGUCAUAGUUUCAGGUCAUGCUUGUGCAGCAUUUACUUAAAUAAUAAUCUAAAAUUCAUGAUUAUAAAACACAUUUCAUUUCAUGUAUUUGAUAAAGACCCAAGGGGGAAAGGCUAGACUUAAUUAAUAUGGACUUUAAGUCUUAUUUUGAAAUGCAAAACUAUAAUUAUAGUAUCUCAAGUGGCCUUGCAGGGAACUUGCACAGAGCCCACAGCCAAUCAACAAGUGGCUCUCGAAACGAAUGUUAAUUAGUGACAUCUUUUAUGGCUUGGUGAAGAUUUUUAGAAAGCGAUAUAAGUUUUACUGACUAAAGCAAGUUCAUAUUUUUGUAGUGGUACAUUUCUUAUAAAAACAAAGAGAGAAGAUGACAGACUUGUUGCAUUGGGGGAAUUUGUUUGUAUUUUUAGAUUCCUUUUCCACAGACAUCAGUAGCACCCAGUUUGCAGACCAAGCAGUCCGGUUAUUAGUUUCAGAGUAUACAGGGUAUAGCUAUGUUAACCACUGAGUUAUUUGACUUGUUCCAGUUUUAGUUGGAAUAAAGUGUUUGGAUGAACUCGAUUGAAAUUGCAGAAGCCUGCACCAUAAGUUGAGGCUUUGUUUCCUUUUGCUGGACUAAUGUGCAUUGUUUUAAUGCGGCCCUUCUGCAUUGGCACCUCUGCUGCACAGAUGGACAGGCUCCAAUCAAGUGAAUGAGAGGGCUGCAUUUCACGCUGGGCUCAAGCAAGUCUGAACGCAGCCUUAGGCGAGUCGAACAGGUGCAGUUCUUCCUAAAAACGGCGAACAACUCAGCUCUUACAAGAGCCUAUAAGUUACCGCUGUAGUUACCUCUGUAACUCUCCGUUUAUGUAGAUAUAAAGUCGACAGAAAUGGAAAAAAUAGAAGCAGGCGACUGAUUGUCCUGGUCUAAAUGCUUUAAUUUCUAAAGCAGCUGCAGAGCAAAUUGUGAUUGUAAGACAUUAUAUAUUCACUGUGAGUGAGUUAGUGAAUGAGAGGGGAAAUCACUCUUUUAAAGCCAACUAUAAGCUGGGGAAUCUGUUGACAUCAGUUCCCAUUGAUUUCUGUGUAUAGACACCGAUAAAAUAUGCAAAAAGGAAACUCAAACAAACAAUAUCGAAGUGUGCAGUACAAUCCUGAAAUAAAUAUGUACGUUUUCAGGUAAAAAGAUGCUUGAAAGGGUCGAAUCGUUCUUAAAUCUGAGCAGCAGAUCUCAACAGAAACGAAACACACGCUGAUGCCGCACAUUUCUGCACGAAUGCUGAUGCACACCGACUGUGAACACAUUCAUCACGACUACACUCAGACCUGGUCAUAUAGGGGCACAUGAGAGAUCGCACUGGCAGUUAUAUGUGCGGUACAUUUGUUGCUAGGCAACUUUGUCACAAAACCCCUGUGACCUUCCGACCCUGCCAAGUCUGGUGUUACUGUCCCCGUCUCACACUCCUGUGUGUGUGCGUAUGUGUGUGCUAUCUGAGACGAUGGUGCGACUGCCGCAUAGCAACUGAGAACAGCUGUGAUUUCGCUGUGUGAGUGUGUGUAUGUGUGUGUAUAUGUGUGUGUUACAGUUUUUGUUUGUGUGCGUUUGUGUCCGCGUGAAGCCGCCGCCGUCACUGCUCAUCUAUGCAAACACCCACAACAACAUAAUAUGGCACACUGUCAAUUCCACAGCAUGAUAGACUCGUAGACUCAAUCAGCCAAAAUGCACCCACCCACCCCCUACGCACACACACACACACACACAAACGCACACGCUCUCACUCACACACACACACAGCCGAAAAUAAAGAGCAGAGGGAGCGACGGAGCAGUCAUUUCCCUGAGGAUCCAUUCAUGUAAAACACUGUUAUUCAAACCUCCCUCCCCCUUAUUCAAUAGUCUUAUUCAUCUCUCUCUUGACUGUAAAACCAAACACGCCUUGUCUUCUGCUUCCCAGUAAGAGCCUUUGUGCCCGCAAACACACCAGCGCUUGAAUUUCUCUGUGUUUUCCCCGCUCUCCUCCUCCGUAAGAGGAAUGUCCUUGGCCUGUCCGACCUGCGUGCUCCCACCGAGCCCUCCGUCAAACACCUGGGGCGGGAUCUCCCGCGCCGCCCAAGCCAAUCAGGAGAAGCGGCGGUUAAUGACAUCAGUUAGCAGAGGAUCUUUAGGACCGGCCCCUCGAGGUGAUUCGUCUGAGAGAGAGAGUGCUCUUAUUGUUAUGAUGAUUAAGUGUUAUAUGAAGGGCUAUCAGAGGAGAGCCCCUUAAUGAAAGUGGAGCGCAGAGAGCAGAGGCAGCGGCGGCGGAGAGAGAGGAAGGCGAGCUAAAAGAGGAUAGUAUCAGAGCGAGGGAAGGGGAAAAGAAGGAGAGCUUGAGGUGGGAGAAGAAGACAGAGAUGCUGAGAGGAAGGGAGAGGAAGAGGGGAGCACGGGGCUGAAUAUUCAGCAGCUGUGUCCAGACUUGCUGACUCUUGGUGUUCAUGCUCUGAAUGUAGCAUGAGAGGUAGACAGGAAAACCGCUGGAAAAGAGCAAAAAAAAAGAAGGAGGGGAAAAAAGAGAACAAGUGCGUGUGUGGGAAAAUGCAUCCAAAUGUGCAUGAUUGUGUUGCCCCCUUUUUUUUUUGUUUCGGUCUCAUGUGUUUAUUUGUGCAGGAAUGCAUGUGUUUGUGCAAGUGUGAAUGCUGGAGUUUCCCUUGCCAUUUGGUGAAGGAGUGGAACGCCCUGCCUCAGAGGAAAAUUCCAUCUUCAGUCGCUCCUACGCCGUCGUAAAUCAUCAGGCCGGGAUGUCCGAUGCGUUCUGUUAUUUUGUGAAUAAGCCCCUGUCAUUUGCCUUCUAGUUGUGUCGCCUUUAACUCACUCAGCCUCGUCACCUUCACUUAGUGUCUCACUACAUUUCCCAUAAUGCCCUCCUGAAAGCCCUCUUUCCCCCCUCCUCCUGAGUAUGCGCCUCAACUUGUUGAUUUUCAGCAGAUGUCAGUGCAGAGAGUCAGAGCAGGGAUCUCUUUUUUAGCGAGUUUCAAACUUUAAACAUCUCAGGGUUUUUUUUGCUUGCAUUGCAUUAUGGGAUAGCACAAAAGCUGUCACUGGAAAUUCUGUUGAGUGUGCCUCCACAGCGUUGGAUUGCUCCCCGUGUGAAUGCAUGUCCUCACAAUCUGGAGGCUCUCGAAAGCAGCUCUCGUAUAUAAAAGCUCUUUUUUUAUUUGAGUCACUUCCAGCACACCUAAAAAUAUAUUUCAUUUGUAUGGCUUCCACUGGAGAGCUGCAGUGUCUGAUUCUGUUUCACAGGCUUUAGCACCCGUACAAGAACACUGUAGUGGAAACACUGAAGAACUUAGUUUUAUUUGCUCCAUACAUGCUUUAGUUUCUCUGGAGCGGUGAGUGGAUUUAACUUCUCGGCUUUUCCGCGCCAGGAGUUGCUUAACUAAAAGUGUAUCUCACAGCGGUGUUUACCAAGGUCACAACAACUUUGAUCGCUCCACUUUUCUCAAGUAAUACUUCACAACACUCAGCGCCUUUUUUGUUUGUGUAAUGGAGAAGGUGCUCAUUUGAAACCUGCUUGCACAAACAUCGGAUCAAGGAAGAAUAAGUGAAGGGCAGUUUGGACAGAGAGGGGUUAGUGAACCGGUACAUACUGCUUCAGUUCAGCGCAGGUGUUUGGUUGCUGUUGGAGGUUUGCAAAAAUUUAAAAGGUUCAAAGUGAAAAAAAAUAUCUUGUUUCAUGAAAAAUAUAUCUGAUGCGAGCAACUAGGAGCAUGUUUACCCCUGUGUUGCAUCACCUCUUCUUUGAAUAACACUCAGUGACUGAAGAAAUCAGAUUUUUUUGGUUUUAUUGUGAAUUGUCGUCACGUUCAUGUCUGGGAUUUCAUUUCAUUUCCAAAUAUUUGUAGUAGGUGACCAGUCAGAAUUAGCUGCAGGACCCUUCUACUACAGAGCCAUACUGUUGUAAUGCAUGCAAAAUGUGGUUGAGUGUUGUCUUGUUGAAGUGUGUUGCAUUAGUGCUGGGCGAUAUGGCCUCAAAUCAAUAUCACGAUAUAUUGAGCAGUUCACCUCGAUAAUGAUAAAUGGACGAUAACUACUCCACAAGCUGCUCACCCCCUCCCACAUUAACUUCAUCGACUCCAGCCACCACAACCUUUGAACCGUCCUCCAUCUCCUCACCUGUCUUUCCUUCUUUGUCUCUGACGUAGGACAGUGUCUACAUCCAAAACCAAGUUUUAUUUAUUUAUAUUUUUGACACUUAAUAUACCGAUAUGGGCAAAAUGACGUCUGUUAUUGUCGCAAAUUUCGGUAUUGGUAAAUUUUCGAUUUAUCGCCCAGCCCUAUGUUGCAUGCAUUUGUGAUGCAGCAUGCAUAGACAGUGGUUUUUGGAGUUUAUACGGUGAUUUCCACCACAGAGGCAUGUCUGUUUUCAAUGCCAGAGGCCUUUCCUUUUGGGCGGCAGUAGCUUAGGCGUUAGAGCGGUUCUCCAAUAACCAGAAGGUUGGCUAUUCAAUUUCGCCCUAUUCCCAGUCUGUCCGUUGUGUCCUUGGGCAAGACACUUAACCCACCUCACUCCCAUAGUGUGUCCUCCACUGUUGUAUGAUUUGAGGCCGUAGGCGCAAACUGGCAGCCAUGUUUCCGUCAGUCUGCCUCAGGGCAGCUGUGACUACUAAGGUAGUUUACCACCACCAAAGUGUGACUGUGUGAGCGAAUGAAUGAUGUAUCUAAUGUAAAAUACUUUGAGGGUCUCUGAUAAAGCGCUAUAUGAAAUCUGAUGCAUCAUCAUUAUUAUCAUUAUUUCCUGUUGCAGAGAUUUCUCCAGAUUUUCUGAAUCUUAUAAUAUUUGAGGGGCUUAUUUGGAGUGUAUGUUUGUAAGCUGCUGAGUAUCUGCUCUUUGUAUGGAUUAAACAGAUCCUUUUUUAGCACAAUAUGGUGAAAUUAAAAGAAAUGCUCUUCAUAUUAAGUUUUGGUGCACAGAUUCUUGCUCCAUCCUCAUGAUAACAAGACAAGCAAGUCUCUCCAUACUGCUUACACCGAUCAAUCAAUUCAUCCUCUUGUAUUUGUUCUACAAAUCACAGCUAAAGUUAUCUCAGGACACUCUAUACAAAGCACAGGUCAAGACCUUACUCUUUGGAACAUUAUUUACAGAAAUCCGACUAAAUCCAGGAGUAAGCACUUGGCAGCGGCGGUGAGGAAAACGUCCUUUUAACAUUAAGAAACCUUGAGCGCGACAGGACUCACAGAUCGUCAGCCAUCUGCAGCGACCUGUUGGGUUAAAAAGGGAUGAGAGAUGCCAGAGAGCUUUUCCUCAAAACAGAGAUCUUCUUUAGGUGAAAACUUCUUUAGGUUCCCAACAAAAGGGGUUUAUACUCUGUGUAUCGUAUCACACUAUGUAUACGAGGCAUUUGGCUAUGUUUAGAAACAAGGCAACAUGCUCCUUCUUUGCACUAAGACCACUGCAGUGAUGCAGCUGGGAUGCCAACACAGAGAGUUCCUGAGAAACACUAUGAGUCAUCCCCGAACACUCUGCAUGGGUUUGUGUGUUUGCCUGUUUUUCCUGUAAACCGAAUUAUCGUCAAGUUGAAGGAAACACUCAAGUAAAACUCUGUAAAAUCCUCUUAGAGCUGAGGUACCAAUUUGCAUUAGAUUUAACAUCUGAUGAUUCAUGCAUCCACUAUCACUUAAGACUUUAAACUGAUUGGCUUCCUGAUUAUCCCGAUCGAUUUUAAACCAUAAUCGGACUAUUUGAUCAUGACAAUGUUCAAAAACUUUGUCAUCGUCGUUUUCUUCCACUUCAUCCGGGUCUGGGUCGUGGGGGCAGCAGCUUCAGGAGGGGAGCCCAGACGGCCCUCACCCCAGCCACUUCCACCAGCUCCUCCGGGGGGAUUUCCAGGCGCUCCCAGGCCAGGCGAGAGAUAUAAUCCUCCCCGGUGGGACAUGUCUGGAACAUUUCUUACAGGAGGCGUCCAGAAGGCGUCCUAACCAGAAGCCCGAGCCACCUCAGCUGACUCCUCUCGACGUGGAGGAGCAGCGGUUCUACUCUGAGCACCAUUUCGGCCGCUUGUAUCCGCUAUCUCGUUCUUUCCGUCAUUACCCAAAGUUCAUGGCCAUAGGUGAGGAUCGGCACGUAGAUCGACCGGUCCGCCUUUCCUGUUCAAAAACUUAAAAUCAUCAAAUCGAUUUUUCCUCUCUGUCAUGUCUUACGCCUCCAGGCCACCGUAGGCUCCCCCUUCCUGCGAGAGCACUCCCCAGUUCCCACAUACACCAGAGUACACAAACAUGGCGUUUGCAAAAGAAGGCGAUAAGUUUCUGACGAAGAGCAAAUCACUCCCUGCUCCAAAGUCUGUCAAUAUGGCUAUUGUUUUUGUCGUAUCGGUGCUUCGUCCACAAGGAAACAGCGUCACUCUUUUACGGCGCCUGUUCAUGUCCGGCCAAAACAACCUUUAUACACAUGCUCUGUACUCUUCUUCUGUCUUUUGUGCAUCUCCUCGGCAGCAUUACAGCGCCACUUACUGGCUUGGCAUAUGCGCUACAUCAUUUUCAGUGGUUGCGUUUUGAGAGAUGAUAGAAAAACUUAUUAAAGUAAAGUUUGGUGACGUUGUCACUGAAUAAGAAAUCAAAAAUAGACUUUUUAAAGAAAAAAAAUUGGGUUUUAUUUUUGGUCAAAAUCGUGCAGCCCUACUAACCACGAUAAAGGCUUCUGGGAAGUUUGGCGAACCUCUCAUGCUCUGAUGAAAACAGCUGAUAAACAACUGGUCCGCUAAUAAUCCCGGCGCUGACUUGUAAAGGCUCAUUUUGACACGCACACGCCUUCCUCAGUGGUCUUUACCUUCAAAAAUAAACCACAUUUUCUGUAAUUCACUUACAACUAAUGGGUGCAGAGUGUGCCGAAACAACAGCACCAUAAUGACGAUUUGUCGUAUCUGUCCUUAAGAAGAGAAAUAACAACUUUUUAACACUACUUGUUGAAAGAAGAUCAUUUCUGAUGUCUGCGAGGAGGGAAAUCGAAAUGUAAAUGAUGUUCUGCUGCUCAUUUUUAAGCAGAUUGUUCCCUCUUGCUGGAGUUUUUAAUUUUGAACAGAUUGUUUGCUGCACUUACACCCAGAUAUGAAUGAUUUGUAGUCAGAGCUUGCUGAUAGGCUUUACUCCAAAGCCUGCUGGUACAUGAUUGGCCGAUAUGUAGACUUUAAAAGUACUACAAAUAAAGAUCAGUAUUUCCUUGUCUUGGUGAUACCUGUGGCAGAACACCCACAGCUCUGCGGCCCUUUGUGUUGUAAUCAAGGCCUCCUUUGGUUCGCAUGUCUGUGAGUGGGCAUGUUGCUCAUGUUCAGGGUUAAUGUAGGAGUGGGUGUGUCUUUGAGUUUGUUUGCAGCCAACAGAUGGACCCUUCUCAGUUUAUCCAACAAACACUACUAUCAGCAGCACUCAUUUGGCACCGAGCAGAUGGAAACUUCAGUCUGUGCUCCAGAGCUAGUGUCAGGCAGGAAUGAGAGAAGGCGCUGUAAGAUGAACUCUGAGUAUACAACAAGAGGUUUGAAGUAACCUCUCCGAGCUAAAAGGGUGUACAAGUGUUGCUUUAGCAAGGUUAGAUCGCGUUACGCUGUAGUGUGAGGCUGAAGAAGUCGACGCGGGUAAAGUAUCCGCCGCCCUUGACUUUCUUCGAGAAAUCUCAAGCUAACAAGGGAGACACCACAUAUUUUGUUCUGGUAGAGAGGAUGCCAGCCCCCCCUCCUCUUUUCCCCCUACAUCACCCCUGGCUAAAGGAAUGUAGCGGAAAACGAGGGACUUCAGAUAGAAGAUCAGAGGCCCUAAUACGAGCCGCAUUGUGUGUUGUUCUUCUGUUCCACAUCUCCUGUGUUCGCCGCAUCAGGAGUGAAACCUUUGAUGAAUAUCUACAAGGAGAUUUGAGACUUAUAAAGAGCGGCAAUUUAGCCAGGUAUGUUAUCUUAAGCCUGGUAAUUUGGGAAUUCAAUUCACUCGCAGGGGGAGUCAGGGGAGCCUGUGGUGUUUAUCAGCAUCAGGCUGCUACACUGGGAUAGAGAGUUUCAGGGCUAUCUAAUCAAUGACUGACCAGGUUUAUCUCUUAAACCCCGUUCCUUUUCUUCAUUAUCUUCUUCUCUCUACUGCGUUCAUGUAUGUGUGAGUGUGAGCGCACUGUUACCACGGAUCAGGUCCCGUCUUUCCCCUGAGUUACACAUCUAAUCACGGCACCAUCAUCCCUCAACCCUAAUUCUGUUGGCAGGGCCUGUCAAACAGCAUACGCUGAAAGACGGGGUGACUUUGAAAUGCUGCUAAUGACCGUAGGAUAUAGCUACCCUCUCUCUCCUUAACUCCCCCUCACUCUUUUUUUCUUUCUUGUCCACUCUUGUCAUUUGCACUCGCGGCCAUCUUUUCUCCUUUUUUUUUUUUUUACUUUCUUCUUCUGCAGAAUACGAGAGAGUAAAACCAGGAAUCUGAUUUGAAUUUUCAAGGAUGAGUCCUGCUGAAUGUGGACAGGGUGGGAAGGAAAGUUGUCAAGGGUUAAUAUAAAGAUGGACUUCUCUCCAAAUGUUAUUUAACCUUUAUUGAAACUGGGCAGCCCCGCAGAUUACAAAUCUCCUCCAUCAAGGGAUACCGGCCAAGAUGCAGCAUCCAAACAAACAUAAAAGCCUCCGACCGAGAAGAAAACACACAAAAGCAAAAUAAAAUCAAAGCCACAGAGCUCAGAUCUUGCUUUAUAAGCACUCCAAUAGGCGAGACUGGAGCGUCCAACCAGCGAGGCGCAUUGCCAAACCUAUUUAAAUCAUGACUCAACAAAGCAAAGACAGCUUCUUAUUGAGUCUGCCACAAGAACCGUCAUUAACUGAGUAAAAACUCAGCGAGAGAGCGUUCAGCUUAGUACCAGCUUGCAGCCGAUUUCAUAAAAAGGGAGCCGAGCACACUGAGACACUUUUGCCUCAUUCAGCUCUGACCUCGGGGACAGAUAACAAAAACAAAUCCUGAGAGCGCAAACAGUCUUUUUUUUUUUCACCUACUUUAUUUUUAGAAAUGUAAGAAAAUAAAGAAUUAGUAGACCCAGAUUGGACUUACAUACUUAUUUAUAAAACUGAAGCGGGGAAUAAGCCGAGACGUGGACGGGGUAGCUGUCAGCUCAAGCAUAUGAGGUGACGCUGAUGAGAGACAGAGGUACAGUGGGUAAUACAGCUCAGCGCUACAGCAGCUAAGACAAGAAGGAGGUGAUGCAUGUGGAUAGGAAACAACUUAAUCAAGUGCUAGCAUGGCAAUAGGAGAUAGGAGCAAUCAUUCUGCCUCUGCAAAGGGGAAAAUCAUUUUAGUCUGCUUGUUCCUUUUGCACGAGCUCCCCUCCUCGCCGGGCUGCCAUUUUUCCCUUGCAGAUUCAACAGCAGCGAAAUCAAAUUUGAAAGUUGCUCGAGAUAGGCAAUACAUCACAACCGGUCUCCUGCAGAGGUUUAUAUUCGUCAAACUUACUUUAUCUUUCACCGCUCAUUUCAGCGGGACGCACGUCAGUUUCUAAGUGAGCCUCCAAAUCGACUCUGAACAUUAAAAGUACCCAGGGAGUCAAACCGGAAUUAUCAUGCUGCGUGAUUGUGGAGGAUUUUAAAGAACGGGGAUCCUGUAGGGUGUAGCUGUUGUUUUAUUUUUCAGUCUCUGGUGAGCUCAACAUUGGAAGUUAAUGUCUGUAGAUGAGAUACUGGUUUCUGGGUGAUGUAAGUAGGCAUUGAAUAUGCAAAGGUAGCAUUCCUAAUGCACGGUUCAACCAGUUUGAGCAUGCCAUCCCCACUCUAUCAUAACCUCAUGUCCUGUUUAUUUUCCUUGAUAAAAAACGAUUAAAAAAAUUCACGAAUGAAAACUUUUUUGUGAUUUAUAAAAAUACGCUUGUUUUAAAUCUGAUGCAUGUUUUAGAAUUAGGACAGGAACAACAAAAGACCACAAAUACAAAUACCACAGAACUCAUCCAUGCAACAGGUAGGGGUGGGAAUCACUAGUGGCCCCACAAUACGAUAUUAUCACGAUACUUGGGCCAUGAUACGAUAUUAUCAUGAUACGAUAUUAUCACGAUACCUGGGCCAGGAUAUGAUAUUAUCACAAUACUUGGGCAACAAUACGAUAUUAUCAUGAUACGAUAUUAUCACGAUACUUGGGCCAUGAUACGAUAUUAUCAUGAUACCUGGGCCACGAUACGAUAUUAUCACAAUACGAUAUUAUCACGAUACUUGGGCCAAGUUACGAUAUUUUUGUGAUUUUUAACAUUUUUCAAUACAGUGAGUAUUGCAAUAUAAUAUAUUGCAAUUUAUAUAAUGUAUUCAACUGCUUAGCUAAUUUAGCAUUUGGCUUUUCCUUAUGUUUGCCCUAUUUACGCUGUAUUUUAUUUUCAUGUCGCACAUCUUGCAAACCAUAUAUAUAUUUGUCGUACUAACUUUCUCCUCUAUGAUGCCUGGACAAACAGUUGAUUUUAUUUUUCCAUUAUCAUACAUUUGACUUCAUAUUUGCAAUUAAUUUGAAAAUCAAUAUUUGGUCAAUGGGACGAUACGAUAUAUCACCAGACAAAAUAUUGCGAUACGAUGCUGUAUCGUUUUUUUCUCCUAUCCCUAAAAGGUUAGUUACAUAAAAGAAGUUCACCAAGAUACAUAAUUUUAAUAAAAGAUUCUGGUAGGAUAAAAAGAUAAAGCUUAAGACAGGUCAUGACUCUGUAGUGGAUAUCACUGCAUGAAUCAUUUCCAAGAAGUAUUAUCAGCGUGCGCAUAAGUUACCUGCAAACACUGUUCAGGGUAUUUGUCUGCAUUUCCUGGGAAAAGGAGCUUCACUCCUCACUCGUAAGGCUCAGUCAGGACAGCAAGAACAAAAAACACUUGGAAAAAAAAGCUAAGACGUGACCCAGCGGAUGGUGGAAUCAGGGUCAUGGAGCUUUAGUGUUUUCUGAAAAUCCUCAUCAGAAGGAGGGACAGCCCAGGCUGGUAUCUUGGGUGUUUUUCUCCAACACAAUAACACAAACCCAGCUGUUCGGACGGCCGUCUUCUAAGUAAGAAGUAAAGCUCUGUUUUCAAAGAAACCAAGGUCAAGGGAUGUGCAGAGGACUGUAGUCACACAUUUAACAGAUUUUCAUACAGACGAUUAUUGAUGAAUGAUCUUUUUAUUGGAAAUAUAGGGUUUCUUGAGCUUUUGCACGUAAUAGAGUUUAUGUCCAUGACCAGAAUAAAGCGGAAUAUCCCAGCAGCAGUAGCAGUGCUAAAGAAAAAAGCACAUGAGGGGGAUUUUGAAUCGAGGUGGUGCAUGCAGUGAAUUCAUUGCUUUGGGAAAUGUCAAUUUUCCAGGUUAAGCUUCAUUUGAUAGUGUUAGGUAACACAUGGAUGUCCCCUGAGCAUCUUCUGUCCUCUAAUGUUUUCACCUGAAUCCCAUAACACGUACCACAAUCUUACAUUUGCAUGUCCUCGCCUCCCCCACUCCCCUCCCCCUCCCCAGAGCUGUCAGACUUCCACAUAAAGGCAAAACUGUUGUACAUGUCAAUGUCAGAAAUGUCAAACAAGACUCCGCAGCCAUCCUUGUGGCUCUGUGAGGCACUGUGCUGCUUUGAGCUAAUUGCUGAUGACAGCAUGCUAACAUGCUUAGCAUGAAAGCACUAAUGUGUAUCACAUACUGUAUAUAGGUUUGUCAUGUCACCAUGGUUAGUUUGCCAUGAUAAUCCGAUCCUGUUUGCUGGUGUUUGUGAGUUUGGUUGAAUCUAUAGGGAAUGUUUGAAGUUUUAGACUGAGCUGGUCACAGAUCAGUUAUUUAAAUCCUAGCUGACUCUGGUGCUACAGAAAGCUAUUACAGUUUAUCUGAAGGGCGAUGCCAUUCUCAAGGUCAGGGGGGUGUAUCCUCAGGGGGUCAUAGACAUCUGUGUCAAAGUUGAUGACAGUGCAUCCACUACGUCAUCCAUGGCUUUUAUUUAUACGGUUUGUGACAUUAAGACUCCUACUCUUUUAUUUUGCUAACAAAAUAUCAUUGUAUUAAUUGGCUGAGGUCAAGGGUGGCAUGCAAUGGUCAGGCAACGACAAGAGCGCCCUCUGCUGAACCAAACAACAAGCUACUUCACAAACACAGACUUUUCUCUCAAGGUUUGAACAAAUACCUGAAUUUUGGAUAAAAAUUGACAGCCUUAUAUCGUUAUGAUACUAAAUACAGCAAAGCUCUCUCAUAAGCUGUUUGUGUUACUGGGGUAGGGGUGUCCCUAUCGGAUAUCAGCAAAAAAUUGAAUACCAAAUUAUAUCGGCCUGCAUCUACAAUCUCUGAUAUCAGCACUCCGAUACAAGCAGUCCAUUCCAGACUCCGCUCCGGCACCUCUAUCUGGCAGCGCCCAGACCCAGUAUGUAGGGCCCACAGCUUCACUGUUAAUUUGACUUUCCCUCUUGGUCUGUUUUAGGUAUCAGUGUCCAUAUCGGCCUUGAAAACCAAUAUCAGUCGACCUCUUUGCUGUCUUUGUUAGUAAAAUGCUCGGCACAACUUCUGACGAGAAAAAAUCUUUGAAAAUGUUGUUUUCGUGUGAUUCUUCAUAUCACUUUUCCUCUUUUUGGCGUCUUUUCCAGUUUAUAAAAAGGCAGAAUUUUGUUUUGUCAGCAUCCAGAACACGUUUCAGUUGACAUAAGGUAUCUUGUGUGGUGUUAAAAACAGCUUGUAGGAGUGGGAGGGAGGAGUGAAGGAUGUAAGCAGAGUUGUAUCAUCAGCAGAAGCGUUGUAAGUAUCGUCAGCAAAGGCAGGCCGGAGAGGACUGUAUAGGCUCCUGACAAACUGCUGCCUCACUCCUUUGUCCUUCACUCUUCACUUUUUUUUCCUCAAAUUCCUCCUUCUCUUCUUACGAGAACACAUUUUUCUUUCGCUUGAGUCAUCUUUAUCUGCCAUAGGUGGCGUGAUAAACUCGUCAAUCUUGAUCUCUUUCUAUCUGGAGCAUGUGGCCGCGCCGUAUCACCGAGUUUGAGCUCAUUUGCUUAUUGAUUCCAAUCUCCCGUUUCAGCCAAAUUUGCAGAGAGGGCUCAAAGAGCAGAGUGAGUCGGCGGAGCCAGAAAGGGCGGACCUUUGGAACCGGACAGGCUCUUCCAGUGGUUGUUGCCAUGGUUUUUUGUUGUUGGGACAAACUGUCGGCCAGUGGCUGAGAGCCUGAGCUGCUGUUUGUUAAAGAUAAGUGGAAAAGCCAGAGGGGGGAAGAGAAAAAGAGGGACAGACAGAGACAGAGAGGAGGGCCUGAUUAUUUUUUUCCUGGUUUUCUGACUGCGGGACAUCCAGCUAAAAAAAACACUCACCACCUCAAAGCUUCACCCUCCCCUCAAUGUGGGGAUCCCGAUAGAUCACACUCCCCCUUUUUUUAAAGAGUUCACCCAGCCUUUCUCCUACGUUUUUCUGACCCACACCCCUCCCUGCUCGCUAUCAAAGCCCUGUUGGCUGUUCACUAGACGCUUUGAUAUUGUAUAGUGUUCCUGGCAGUCUCCCCCCUCUCUCUCUCCCUCUCUUUUACUCCCUCCUUUACCACAAUAUUGUAAAAGAGCACAGAGUGCCAGCAGGGACCUGCUCACUGUCAGAGAGGGAAGACAGGAGGGCCUUAGAGGGAGAGAGAGAGAGAGGGACGGGGUGAGGGAGGGAGGAGAGGAGGAAAGGUGGCAGUAGAGGGUGAGCGAAGGAGUGUAGUUGUAGCGACUGCUUUCCGCUGGGGUUUAGGUGCGCUCGCAUCUGUGACUCGUUCAAUUAUCAGUCCGGUUUAAGUGUUAAAAGUGGUUUAUUGUUCCAAAACAGACAAGAAAACACGCUGAUCCAGGUCCAAAACUUUUGCCUUCAAAUGAAAAAGUGAUGAUGAAAAUGAGGGUGGAAGGAUGAGUGACAUGGUCAACAGAAAAUUAUCACAGUUCACCACAAAACCUGUUGUUUGACUAAACAAGUGAGAUUUAGAUAAGCCGCCAAACAUCCAAAACCACACCCCUCAGAAGUGAUGUACCUAUUAGAAAUCAUACUUUCAACAAAUAUAGUAGUCUUACUCUUAAUUUGACUCUUACUGUCAGCGUCUUUCAUCCAAAUGCAUUGAAUCCAAUCUGAAUUUGUAAUCUUGACUCAGAAACACAGAUUUUCUUCGUUUAACUCCUAAAAAUCUCAGGGUGAGCUUCACGUGUGAUCGAAAUCUGCCAAAAAAAUGACGGAGUUUGUUAAAAGGUUUCUUUCCAGACCAAAUUUUAAAAUUCUGGAUAAACAUAGUACAUAGAGUACGUUGAUUUGAUAAAACAACAGGAACAAUCAAAAUCUAACUUUUUGGGGGUUUGUUUCGUCGUAUAAAAGCUCAAACAAGAACAGAUUAAGAUAUUGGACAGCCUAACUCUGCGGUGGAAGUCACUGAGAGGGACGGGAUAAGGGAGGAGAGGAGGAAAGGUGUAGUCUUACUCUUACUGUCGGCGUCUGUCCUCAAGUUGCAUUCAAUCUAAUCUGAAUUUGUAAUCUUUACUCAAAAACACAGAUUUUCUUUGUUUUACUCCGAAAAACCUCAGGGUGAGAUCGAAAUCCGACCAAAAUUUUACCCCCAAGUUUGUCAAAAAGUCUCUUUCCAGACCGAAUUUGGGUCGGGACCCACCAGUUGAGAACCAGUAAUUUACAGCACAUAAUACUGAAAGACUCAUGUAACAUUUAUCAUCUGUGAACAAAAGGGCCACAGCUGAACACUAAAACUGGAUUGCUGUGAUGUUUUCGGGCCCUGAUACGGCAGAAGUGACUCUGUAGUUGAAGUCGCUGCAUCAACAAGUUGACAUCCAUCUGUUUCUGUGUGUCAUUGAUAAAGGUCAGAGCUUUGAGUGGAAAUCGAUUAAAUGUCAGUAAUCCACUUAAUUACUCAAGUUCUGCAUUUUCUACACUUACUUACCAGAUGAUGAUGCUGAUUUUCACAGCAAACAUCUGUUAAAUAAACUACUUUAAUAUGUCGUAUAAACGAAAAACUGUUGUGUCUGUGCGUCACCAUCCCUCUACCCUACUUCUUUCAAUGAGCAGGAGUCAUUUUUGUCAACACACGCGUCUACCAAACAAAUCCAGGAGAGCGCGCCGACCUGACCCGAGCAGAGCGUCUGCAGAGAGAUUGAACAGGCUGAGUGAGCGAGUAGCUGAGCGAGCAUGCAGGAGCGUGUGAUUGCACGUGGCCCCUCAGUGUGUCAUGGUCAUUACCGUGAAGUCUGGAGCCCUGGGCCUUUUUUUUUUUUUUUUUUAAAGCUUUACCUGACUGUUGCAGUCAGUCCACCACACACACACAUUUCAUCCCUCUGUUCCACUAAAGGACCUCCGGCCUGCACUCACACUCAAACGGGUCACCUUCAAGUGUCCACAUUUGCAACCUCAGUUUGCCUUUGUGUGUAUGUGUGUGUGCGCGCAUGUGUGUGUAGAUCUGAUGGUGGGCCAUCCUCGGAGAGCGAAGCCGAGCGUGACUUCAUGAUUGCUGGCUGCUGAUGAAUCAUUCCAAACUUACUCUCUGUUUGCCUGAUGCAAAUGUCUGUUUGCUUUGUUGGUUAGCCCACUUUGGAGGACAGAGGCUGUGUGUGUGUGUCCGUGUGAGUGUGUGUGUGUGUGUCCGUGUGAGUGUGUGUGUGAGUGUGUGUGUUGUCUUGAAUUAUUCACUGGCAAUAUUUGAUUUCCUUGCAGCGCGCAUUACUCCUCAUGUCCUUUUUGGGGUUUGUUUGCCUCUCAUGACCCACGUGCGCUGCUCUUUAUAGUAAAGUCGUACACUGAUGCUCUUGCUGCUCUUGCUGCAUAUGCUGCGGCCCCUUUCAUGUGUUGUGCGCUAUCAUUUUUCAAUCUGAAAGUUCUGGGGCUCCGGUCCCUAAAUACAGUGUAUGUUACAUGCUUGUUAUCUGCUUCGUAGAGAGCAGGUUUUGUUUAAUCCCCGAGCAGGAAAAUCUUUGAACUGAAGUUCAUAAAGGUUAGGGUGCAGAAAUAGCUUUGACCUAAAUUACAGUUUAUAAAAGUUAUAUUCCUUGUCCACAUAGAUCGGAGAGGUAUGCUUUAUUCUGCGCAUUGUUAUUUCAGGACUGAAUAUGACAGCUUUUUUAUGAUCUGUUUAUCUCUGAGUAAUUUCCUGAUUGACUGCAGAAAUCUUUGAGGCUCUAAAACUUGGCUAAUACUGAACAACAAAAAAAAAAAAAGCUCAUUUAAAUCUUCACCGUGCCAAAAGUGACAUUGCAAAUUGUUUGUUUUGUCUGAUCAACUCCACAUUUUCAUUUUUACAAUGGCAGAGCAGAGGAACGCUGCCAAUCUGCUUUUUUUUUCUUCUCCGUCGCUGGAACUGAGCCACGGCUCGAGGGGAUGGUGCACAACUUUGGUCCAGACGAAAAUAUCUCAGCUGAAAACGAUCAAUAUUAAAUAUUAAUUUUGAACACAUAGCCAAUAACUCUGGUCUAUUUCCUUAACACAUUUCAUAAACGGCAUUGUAAUGUCAAAUCAGAGAGGGAAAAUGCAGAUUGGAUAACAGAUUUACCUGCUCCUGAAGGUCAAUAACAAUAAAAUUUAUGACUUUAUUUUCUCUGAAUAACUUAGAUCAAUAUUAUCAGCACAUACACACAAAUCUGACUUUUUAUUUUAACUUUUAAGCUCAUCUGAAAGCUGAUUUUUCAUUCUUUAAAAUGAUUUGAUAUUGAUGCCUCUUCAUGACCUACAAAAGCAAACAGGGCGAUAAGAAUCCGAUUAAAAAUGGUCUUUUCGUCGCUUUGUUUCUGCCGUAAGGGGGGAGGUUGUCAGACCAGGCGAUUGAUCGCAUGUCGAAGAAAAGAAUAAAACAAAAACCUCUCUUCAUGUUCCUAAAAGCACGAAAUCCCAAUGAGUGAUUUAAAAGAGGAAAAAGGAUGAGGAUGUUUGACAGGAAAAAAAACUUCUUUGGCACAUUCAGGAUAAAAUCAGCACAAGAGCUCAAAGUGACGAUCUUUCUCUACAGGGGGUGCCAAAUUUGACACAAACUGAAGGUUCCUUACAGGAGAUUUGAGCUCCAGCUUUUAUGAUGUUUGAAGGAAACUUUCUGAAUCUGUUCAAUCAGAAUUCGCCUUUUUAUUGUGCUUACUGUGGCGACUGCUGCUUUGAAUACAUGUUUAUAGUGACGGUGACUUUCAUGUCACUUUUGUUGCGUUAAAACUUGCAGACUUGCAGACUCAUGUAGGAUGAAUUUUGAUGGUGUUUCACCUUCAUGAACUGGUUUUGUACAUAUAUUCCACAGGUCCAGUAGGGAUGCAUCAGUACAGUAAGCCCACACUUCAACCUUGGUCAAGGUUUUCACAUUGAUUUGGGUCUGACAGCCCGGGAGGUCUUGAGGGAUUUUUUAGUUUUUCCUUCUUUAGUAUCACAGAAACAGAAAACUUUUAUUCACAUCUCUGGCAUCUGAUAUGUACGAAAGCGGAUUAAGGGCCACACGCAGAGGAAAAAAAUCAUUACAGGAAGGAGAUUAAAGUCGAAAUUUUGACAUUAAAAUCAAAAUUAUGUCAAUAAAGUCAAACUUUUGACACAAAAAUUGAAAUUUUGUCAUAAAAAAAAAAUAAAUUUUGACAUUAAAAAUUGAAGUUUCAACAUUAAAGACAAAAAUUCAAGUUUACGACAUGUUGUGAAUAAUGUCUAAAUUUCCAAAUUAAAAAUUAAAUUAAAUUUUGAGAUUUAAGUUGAAAUUUCCAGAUUAAUGUCAACAUGAAUAAAGUCGAAAUUUCAACUUUUUUACUUUCAACCUUACUCUCAAAAUUACGGCUUUGAUCCCAAAAUGGAAAUUAAAAAAAAUCUUCCUUCUGUAAUUAUUUUUCUCUCUUCUUGUGGCCCUAAUCCUCUUUCCGUCUUCAGAUAACAUUGUCAUGUUGUUGUAACUGAAAGGAAAACAGUUUGAGCCGAUUUAGAACUGAAACUCUGAACAUUACCAAGUCCCAACCAAAGACUGUAUAUAGAAUGGACAUCGUCUGCCUCCUUAAAAAAAACAUAUGAAAUCACUCAUAAUUUACACAAAAAAGUAAAAAAUAUUAGCAGAUUCUAUCAUUUCAGGAGCGUUUUAUAACAUCCUCCGCAGAUAUUGGAGGAUAUUUUAUCAGCAGUACUCCUACCAAAAUAUUUGACUGUCAGCUUUUCAAGUAUAAACCGGUCUGGUGCUCCUCUGGUGAAUUGCCGUCCUCUGCAGAGACGAAAUCAGUCCUUGGAGGGGAAGGCAGAAAAAAAAACAGCCUGUGUAUGUGCGCGCAUGUGUGUGUGUGUGUGUUUGACUGUAUGAUUCUCCAGGCAGCCGAGAGCAGCAGCCAGGACCACCAGGGUCAGGAGCAGUCCUCUGAGACACCCUGACCCCUGACCUCUAUCCCAUAACUCUUUGCUGCCGUGGAUGACAUAAAAGGAAGACAGAGUCAGACCUUAUAGGAUGUGAUUGGUCCUGCUCUGCUUCCUCAAAGCCCCCUGGAUCCCUGAUAUUUGUCGCUGGGGAAAAGCAGGAAAUGCAGAAACUGGGGGGGAUGAUUUCAUGGGCUGAAAAUGGAGAACAUCACAAGGCUUCCUUCAACCAGUGUUGACAUAUAUGUAGCAGAAGUUAUUAUUUUCCAGUCUCUGAGAGAGUUCUCAUUUUCUCCUUCUCUCUGUUGAUCUUCCUUUCUCCCUUCCAUCCAUCCAGCAUAUGUGUAGGAGGGAUAAAGGUCGUCCUUUUGUCAUCAAAACUCCAGAUUAGUUUUGCCUCGGUGCAUCUGACUCUCUGCUUUAUCACUGUGGCCAGAGGAGCCACAAGGUUCAGCUCGCCCCUCUGCAAAGUAAUAACUCCAACCAGCUUCUAUUCCAUUCUUCGCCACUAUCUCCUGCUCUACCAUUACUACUCCUUUCCCGGGUAGGGGGGAUUAUUUCCAUGGCACUGGCUUUAUUGGGCUGUAUAGUGAGAACUGACAGGAAAGCGAGGAGCAUGAGGAUGUGGCGUGCGACGUGUGUCAUGAGCCGCGAUCAAACUGACAAAGUUGUAAUAGUCGCUUCAGUCCGCCGAGGCCCAGCGCGGAGCAUAAACGCGCCGCUGACAGCAUGUCAUAAGCCUUUCUUGGUUUUAUUUUAAUAUUUCUGCACUGAUGUGGUUUUGGGGGUUCUGUUACUUGAUGACAUGGGGAUUUCUCUGAAAGUCGGCUCGGCUAAUAUUGCAGCAGACUCCAUUACAAGACGCAGAAAUGAAGUACAUUAUUGAAAUGUUUCUUCAGUAGCUGCGAGUCAGACAGAAAAAGCCGCCAACAGGGAGCGCAGAUCUACCGAGGAUUACAUAAAUGUGGCAUGUGAUUUAGACAAGUAUCAGCCGGAGCUUGAAUGCAGUGUUAGAUGAUUAUGCUGUCAAUUAAGGCCAAUGAAUUAGCUUAGACUCCCUCCACUCUCAGAGGACUUUGUUAACCUUUCUCCCCUCUGUGUAAACACGGCUGGCCUCUGACUCCAGAUACGAAGGCUUUAGAGAGUUCAAAGGUCAGGCAGGUUUCAUGGUGUUGAAAACGAACAUGUUUCCCGAGGUUUUAAUCCCAUACAUUCUGAUCAUCUGGAGAGCCUUACAGAGCGAGGUGCAUUCAUUAAAAUGUGAUCAUCGAUUCCUGGAGGAGUCCCAUUGACAUCCUCUAAUCAGUGGUGGGUUCGCGGCGCGGUGCUUUCCCAGCUUAUUGUUUUUGCAGACUACGACAAAGUGAAUUGAUCAAUUGAUUGGAAAAUGUUCUGCUUCAACAGCACACCAUUGUUAGCUGAGGCUCAGUGAGGUCGGGACCGAGCAGCACAUCGACAUGAGAUUGUCAAUAUAUUGUCAAACAUACAGUGACAAAUUGAGUUCUUAUAGUAGCAGCAGAUAUAGCUCAGACGUACGGCGGCUUUCUUGGACAAAUUUGACUGGCUUCUUUUGGUUUUGGUUGGCCUUUUUAAAUUUUGGACACAAAUCUAUCUAAUUAUUCUCUGAAGAUAGUGAUGAUUUUGUUGUCAUUGUCAGUCACCAACAGGUGAGGCAGGAACUCAAACUUUAAGUAUUUAGGUGGUAUCUGCUGGUUACUGGUGAGACUUGUGGAAGUCCAAGGAUGGUAGUUACUGUGUAAGAAGUGCUGACUCUGACUUAAGUAUUGAUCGGCUUAGAAACGGGCAAAAGGUCGAGCUUUUGUUGGGAUAUUUUUGGACAUUUUUGCCCUCAUAAAACAGGAAAAGCAGGUAAUCAAGACAUGCAGCAAGGUAGUGAUGGGCAUGGCGGUUCUUUUAGAUGUACUGAAUCACUUGAACGAAUUUUUUUAGUGAACUGAUUCUAGUGAUUCCUUCACCAAAUCAUGUAGCGCUUGGCGGGAGAAGCCUCUGACUCCGACCUCCUGAACUGAAACACAGCUGAACGGUUCAGGAUUCAGUUCAGAUCGUAUCUUCUGGGACUGGGAGACGAGAGUGUUUGGCUGUGUAGCUUUGGCAAACAGGUUUGUUAAAAUGAACUAGUUUAUAAUGAUGAUGAUUUAAGUGUACUGUCCUAUGGUAUGCUAUUUAUCAGGUCUGCUCGGCAAAUUGGGCUCAGUGAGUGAUUCGUUCACUGAACGUUUAGAAGUAUUCACACUGAACAUGCACCGUUUAAUGCACUACUUGUUACAUGCUGUGUCCUAUUGUAUGCAAGUUGUUGUGGUGGUAAUUUACAAUUCAGCUGUAAGAAAAAAAAGAAGGUAGUUUUUCUGACAGAAAAAGAUUCCAGAGAGUGGAGUUCAAUGCGUGAUUCGUUCACCAAGUGAUUCAGGCUUCGGUGCAUGUGGUCCCUUGUUCGCUGGCUGCUCGACUGGCAAUGCUGUUUCUCACUUCAGCUCAACUGAAGUGAAGAACGAACAAAUCACUCGAGGAAGUGAUUCGGUUCAGUAUGUUCACUUAAGAGAUUUGGUUCUUUUGAACAAAUCGUUCGCGAACGACACAACCCUACAGCAUGGGGUCGAAUCAUGGGGUUAAACCUGCUUCUGUUGCAGUGAGGACUCUUUGCAUGGGGUGUGAGCUUUAAGGUGCAGAGUUCAGGAACAUUGAAGGAUAUCUAGCGGUCAUAUCUUGCUCACCCCUCCUAUCAGUGACGGUAUCCUACAAGUAGAAGAACCUCCUGAAGAUGCAUGAUGCAUUUGAUCCUCAAUUUGUCAACUUUUUACCAUCAAAAACUUACUUUCUUUAAUGACUGACAAUACGCAAAAAUGCACUGGUCACUAGUUUGUCCAUCCUGUGUUACUGUAGGACACGGCGAUGCAAGAAGAUGAACUCCUGUGUAGAUACAAAAGCUUCAUCCUAAAUCAGGAAAACUAAGUUGAUUAUUUCAGGUUGUUACACACUAAUUUAAAGCUCCUGUCAGGAACUUUGAGUUUGUCUUAUCAUUUGCGCCCCCUGUGGACAAAUCCAUAUUUGCAGAUUUUUCCCUGUUUGUAUGUAAUUCAUGUUUAAUGAUGAAAAAUCGCCUUUUUGUCAUUUAACAGUGAAAUCGCACGCUUAUCUUGUUUAGUUUGUCACCUACGCUCCACCUUUGAUUGAAAUUAUCGGUGCAGAAAAGUGUCAAGCCUCUCUUUAAUGGUCUUGUUUGUAUAUAUAAGUCAUUAAGACACAUCUAUAUCAGUUUUAGUUUGUCAUGCAACCACAAAAAACUCCUCAUGUGAGCUUUAAAUACACUUCUGUAUAUCAUAUCAUAUUUUUAUUUUGCUGAAUAUGGCUUUAAACUACCUACUGCCCCUUUAAGAGGUCUACUUCUUGUAAUUGGUGUAAUAGUUUAGAUGUGGUUUAACAAUGCGAUUAUAUAAAACGGCCAAAAAAAAAGAGGAAAUGCUCACAUUUAAGAUGUUGAACUCUGAAAACCUGGGAUGAAUCCACUUAAACACUAAGAUUUUUAAGCCACUUAUCAUUUAGGCUUUGCAGUCAUGUAUAACAAUGAACAGACGGCGGUUUCACUCGGAGGGAAGUCUGAAUGUUCAGCUCAGUUGCCACAGUAAUUUUCAGCCUUUGUUACCUGUCAAAGUCUUACGAAACCGAUAUUCAUGGCAGCGUGAUAAUAGAAACAUUCUGACUCGAGUGUACUACCAACCUCUCUGCAUUCAAGUCUGCUGUUUAAAGUGGAGAAAGCCAUUUAGUCUAAUUGAAUGUUGUCUUUUAAGUCCAUGUUAUCGGGGUGCAGAGAGCAAACAGAAGCAGUGUGGUGCCAGGGUCACAGCGAGAACAGAGACACACCGUGCAGAUUACAGCUGCUCUAAAUCGCAUCGGUAUGCACAGACACUUGGAUGGAGUGUGUAAUUACAGUCUGAUGCACACACACACACACAAACACGGUGAGAGGGGGGGAGAAAAAAAACACAUGCACACGCUAAGCCAAAUGUGGACAUGCCAAACAGAGAUGAACACAAAUCAAAACAAAGCAUGCAAACACAAAAGAGAUCCAGAGAACGAAGAAGACAGAGAGAAUAGCACAGUCCCAUCUGUCAAACAAAUGUGAGGAUGCUUCUCACACACAUACACACGCACACACACACACAAACAGAGUCAUACACAUUCACACACACGCAGCAGGCAUCAUUUAGUCUGAACUUGAGCGAUAUCUGCCUUUGUCCUUUAGCAGUGGGUCCUGAGGGGCCGCGGUAGAAGUUGCAUGAAAGUUUGUUUAGAGCUGAGCGAGUGUGUUAAGCUUUAUGAGAGCCCGCGGGAGACAUGGUGGCACACACACACACACACAUUCACACACACAGUCACACACAUGCAUCUUCUCAUACACACACACAAAACCAGGCACGAGGCUUGGGCGGCAGCUCGCGCUGGCCCCAACCAACAGUGAGGAGUUUGUUGUCAUAGCAACAGUAAAAUGAGAUGACUUUACUGUCAGCCGUAAUGUUUCAUGGCCCCCUCGCCGCUAUGGCAACAUAACAAGGAGGAGGAAGAGGAAGAUGGAGAGAAAGAAGAGAGCAUCAGAGCCCGUCGCCGCGUUCCUGAGGACUCCUACCAGGAACAAUGUCACUGCGAUGCCCUCGCUUCCUUCCCACGAAGAACACACACACACACACACACACACCGUGACAAGGCUGUCAAACACAUACAUUGAUACACACACACACACACACACACCUUGAAAAGCCUGUCAAACACCCUCUCCACCUCGCCCAUCCCUUUGAUUAUGCACUGACUAUUUUCAGCUGCGGCGUUAUCGUCGCCGGAGCAAUUUGAAUUCAUUACGCUCAAUGUCAAUAUUGGUGCAACAACGCUGUAGCUCAGACAGGUACAGCUUGUUGAAUAAGCGUGCGAGCUGUCAGAAAGUGUGAGGAAGGGAAAAAAGAGAGACGAAGAAGAAGAAGAAGAAGAAGAAGUGGAGAGCAGAUCAAAGACAUCCAGCCCCAUCUGCGCGUUUGUUUCCGUGCGCCGCGGAUGGAGCAGCGGGGGUGACUGCAGGCUGGCCAACUGUACGCUGAGCAGCAACAGUGUAAAGCAGUCUAUACAUCUCCACUCUAUAUUUAGCUCUGUCCUUCCACUACAGCCUAUCAGCAUUGUUAAGCAGAGUUAUCAGCGCUGGUGGAGAAAGUGGGGAGGAAAAAAAAAAGGCAGAGAGGGAGGGAGGGAUAGGUGGCAGAGACGGAGAAGGAAAAACAAAGAGGAAGGAGAUAGAAAGAGGAGCUGAGUUGUUUUGCUCUGUUGCUAUGGAGACACAUCCGCUGGAGCUGUAGCGAACUGACAGUUGUCACGCCACAGCAGGUUGCCAUGGGUGACAGCUGUCAGUCAAUCACGCAGAGUGAGGGGACAGAUCGGCAGAUGAUCACCUUGGAUUAGAGAGUGAUCGCACUAACACAGAGGCCAGCCAGAACAUAUCUGGACUUAAUCCCCGUGUCCUAAUGGUGUGUGUGUUUGUCUGUGUGUGACGUGUGUGUGUGUGUCUGUGCGUGUGUGCACAUGUGAAAGUGUCUGCAUGCAAAUCUUUUUUUAGUUUUAACUUGCAUCACCCUUUCAGAGUGUUUGUGCGUGCGUGUGUUCGCAGAAAUGUUCAUCAUGUUUCUGAUUUCCAGCUUUGUGUCUAUUUUCUUUCAAUCGCUUUUUUCCUUUUUACACCGUUUUUAAAAUGUCUUUCUCAUGCUAUUCCCCCAACAUUUAUCUUUAAUUUAUCUUUCCUUUUAUUUUAAUACCCUUAAACUUCUUUUGUUUCAUUUUUUGAACUAUUUAAUUCUUAUAUUGUUUUCAUUUUGCUUCUUUUUAUCAUUUCUGCACCUUAAUUUUGUCUCUUUGUGUCUGUAAAUGAUGUUUGAGGGAUCAAAAAUGCAAACUUUAAUCUGUGCAACCUCAGUUUAUGUUUCGGCAGCGUUUGAUCGAGUGCAAAUAUUUGUUUUGGUGCAACUUUAUCGAUUAAUUCCUCUAUAAAAUGUUGAGCGGUGUCCUGCUAAGAGCGACAGUGUCAUGAUGUCAGUCAAAAUCAAUGUGCACCUUUGCAGUUAUUGCCCGUCAACAAACAUCCUAUUUUAAUCAGAAAAUUACAUAACCAAUCAAACAUCAGCGUUACACUCUUAAAGGGAUAUUCUGGCAAAAAAUCAAGUUAAGCUGACCGCUUGCUUCUCUAGUUGUACCAACUUUCGUAAUGACCACACGAUGGCAAUACACAGUGGUCUCAGGAGUCGAUUACAGACUGCAGCGGGGUGACGCAGCUCAAGGAAGAACAUUUAUGAUCAUUUCUUUAUCAUUUCCUUGAAGUAAUAACCACCAUAUUAAUCAUUUUGCUCUGCAGACCCGGUAGUUCUUUUGCCUUAGCGUCUCGGUCUGAUUGCAUUACCAUGAAGAAAUGAUCAUAAAUGUUCUUCCUUGAGCUGCGUCACCCCGCUGUAGUCUGUAAUGGACUAGCGUGUGGUUGUUACUAAAGUUACUAAAGCGGUUGGCAACAUUCAUCUCUCGUCGGGGUGUCUAACUCGGUGUUACGGUGUGUUUGACACUAACUUAAUUAUACACCAGAAUAUCCCUUUAACUUUCGAUUGUCAAUCGUCAUCCCCAAUCUCUCUCAUUUAUUAUGCACCACUGUCACCAGCAGCCACAUUACAUCACCUGUUGCCCUCAUGGCACUGUGCUUCUCACACAUGAACCUUAACAAGGCGCGGGGCUUGAGCAUAUUUGACUCAUUAUGAAUACAAGUAUCUCAGAUAAUGCAGAGAUUUCGGUCUUUGUCUUGCGUCUUACCGCUUAUGUCUCGGUUUAAGGUCAGUUUGAACAUCACCUGCUAUAAUGACGUAUCAUUCAGAUCAUAAGCUGAGUUGUUUUUGAUAAGUAAGGCAUAAAUAAAACCUGUCAGAGGCAGACUCAGACCUUUUAUAUUGUUAUUUAUCAAAACUCUGCAUGACUUGAUUUGUAAAAAGCAACUUGCGCCCAUCUCUGCCAUAUGCAUGAAGCCGUAAUGAAAAUUACAGUUAUUUCGUGCACCUGAGCGACGGCGCCGUUCGAGUUCAGACGCCGAAACAUGUUCUGGUUGGCGGGUGCAGCGGCUCACAUUUAGCUGGGGCUGCUUCCCACAGCUGUCUGUGCUAGAGGAAAAUCAAAGGCCUGCCUGUGAGCCUCCUGAUUGUGGUGUGUGAUACUCCGCCACAGUCCCCUUCAAUUACACACACUCUGCCUGCGUCUAACGAGCACAGCAUUGCUCUUAUUUCAGGAGAGUAAUGGUCUGAUUAGAAUAGAGGCGGAUUUGAACUCACACUCUAAUUUGUUUUCUUUUUUUUUUCUUCCUUGGCGAACGUCCCAAUCUUGAUCAGCUGCAGUCACAGAUAUUCGGCUGCGGUACUAAGUCUGAUCAUUGGACAUUUAAUUGUUUGUAAUGUUGUAAAAAUCCACCAGUUAAAGUUUAUUCCGCUCUGAUUCAUUCCCGCUGGCUUGACAGUGAAAACUCCUCCUGCUGCUCGGAUCACGUCUUUGACCGGACUGUUAGACCUUUAACUGUAUUCGGUAUUUUAUGACAGCAACCCCAUGUAAUGUCAAUACUCUGCUGGUACACUAGUAAUUAGAGUGUAGUUGUACAAGGCAAGAUUUCCUCAGCCGAUGAAGCACUAAAUUUGCCAUCCCAGUCAGAAUUGGAUAGAAAGCCCCAGAGCGAAAUGAUGGAGUUUAUUCCCCCCGUGAUGAAACAGCCUAAUUGGGAAUGUGGAUGAAAUCUUGUUGCAUGUCUCCACCCUUUGGCCUUUCAAAAUUCAAGCUUCAUGUGAGCAGCCGGCUGACUUUUUCUCAUUUGUUUUCUCUCCUUUUUCUCCGCUGUCUCCAGGAGUGAGCCCUGGGCUGGAUGGGACCCACCAUGCCCCCGAGUAAGAAGGCCCAGAGCCCUAGUAGUGGAGCCAGUGCCUCGCAGGGUAUGAGCCCACCUUACAGACAGGGAGACGCCGCCACAGCAGCAUCGGAGGCUGAGGCCGCCGACCUCUCCCUGUCCUUGUCUGCUUCCUUCUCCAAGGCCGAGGACGAAGAGCUCACCAGCCUCUCCUGGCUCCACGAGAGCACCGACCUCCUCAACAGCUUCAGCCACUCGGGGCUGCGUAGCGUUUCUCCCCUGCAGGACCCCGACGGUCAGCACCCUCGCUCGCCCUCUUCCUCGUCUCCCUCCCCAGACGACCCCCUGCUCGGGGAUGCACACUCAGCGUACGACUUGGCCGCGGGCGCCAACAGGAAACCGCCGUACUCCUUCAGCUGCCUGAUCUUCAUGGCUAUCGAGGACGCGCCGAACAAGCGGCUCCCUGUGAAGGAUAUCUACGGCUGGAUUCUGGAGCACUUCCCUUACUUUGCAAGCGCCCCCACAGGAUGGAAGAACUCAGUGCGCCACAAUCUGUCGCUUAACAAGUGCUUCAAGAAGGUGGACAAAGACAGGAGCCAGGUAAGGACCUCCAAAACCAGCUAUUUGGACCAAAACUGUAUUUAAAACCAGGCUAGAAACAUAUUACAUGGGGGUUUCUUUGGCUUUUGGAGCUGCCCCCUUGUGGAGACUUGAGGAACUGCAUUUUUUUGCAGUUGCUUUAUCACGGCUUGAUUUGCCCCCAUGCCAACGGGAGCUUGUAUUUCAGAUUUUGUCUACUGUUGUCAGUAAACAUUUGGCGAUUCAGCCGAAAAUGGAGUUGCUUGCAUUUUUCUGUUGAACGUGCUUCAUCAUGACUUUCAUGCCUUUGACUGGAGAUGAAAUGUCAUGGAAUUUAAUCAGCUGGAGGUUUUUUUUUUGGUGCAAAAACAUUAGCAGGGCGGGAAGUUUCUUUGGAGAGAGAGGUUAGCUUUCACUGAGGUUGGACUACAUGAUUUUUCUGGUUUACAACCAGUUACCAAGACCAGCGUGAUGCUAGUGGAAGGAAGAGGGUCUGGGCUAGAUGACAAUCGUACAUGCAAACGUAGGGUGACCGUACUCUGAAUCCCCAGAAUGAGGACAUAACUAUGCGGGGGGGAGUCACAGAGUCGCACAUAGAUAAUUUUGAGAGUUUUUGGGUCGGGUUGAGUGUUUUUUACGCUCUUCUAGCGUAGUUAGUCCACGCAACACAAACUCUAAUCUUCCAAACACAACCCUGGAUAUUUGAAGGAUUUUAUAAACUCCCCUUGGACGAGGCUGUACAGCCCCCCAAAAAGUGGACAUGUCCGGGUAAAAGAGGACGUAUGGUCACCCUAUGCUAACGCUUGUUCCUCACCAGGUUUCUGCUGUUUCUUCUUUGUUUGUUUUUGAGUGUGCAUGGCGUUCUCAGCCACCGUUGGCCAAAUCAGUCAGAAGGUCUGGAAGUUGUGUUGUGUUGCAGAUGUGUCCUCGAUUCUGGGUCAUGAAGACACACUACACAAGCUGUACUUUAAACUAGGGCUGGGCGAUGGUCAAUAUGCUUUUCCAUAGCCGGCAUUCUGACAUGUUUUAGUAGUCUGUACGAAUAGCCAAUGAAAAGGAGAGUUGUUCUGAGUCCGCACCGUGCUGAACCAAUCAUGUGCUGAAUUAGAACCAAGUAGCAAACAACUGCGUUGUAGCAGGCUGCAGCUACACGCAACCGUAGCACGCAACACAUGAAGCUGACAGCAUAUCAGAUGAUGACAUCGUUGACAACACUGGUGUGAAAACAUCGGUGGUGUGAAGGUAGUUUGUUUUUUUGAGGUCGGGCAUGAAGCAGAGUAAUAUGUACUGCAGAUUUUGUCGAGUACAUGUUUUCAAAAAGUCGGGGAAGAGUAACAAGGAACAUUUAAGAUUGACAAGUGAUUUUUUUUAUAUAAUCUUCCCUUCCCUCUUCCCUAUUCCCUCUCCAUUAAAAGUCAACUAGAUGUGGAGAAAUACUCACCACAGUAAAGCUUUUCAUUAAAGUGAUCAGACUUUUAUUUCACAUAGCAGCUAAAAUGCUAAAACUUUAAAAUAAAGGCAUCCUAAUUCCUAAUCUUUAAGUGUUAUCUUAACAUUAGGGCCAUUUUCACGUCAAGUAAAGUGGAAAUAACAUCAGCCCAUUGUGUAAAGUCAUAGUUUGGCUAUGGUCAAUUCUUGUGGAUCAGACUUUGAGGCAAAUUCAUGUUAUUCCAGUUUUUAGUGAUACAGUUUAUGAGCUAAAGGUUUUCAGACACUCUUCUCUCCUCACAUUUCAUCCAAGGUCAACAAAGGGCGCGCUUUUCUCAUGAGUAUUUCCUUUAAUUUCCUCCCAUCCUUCCUCAAACACCGACUUAGGAAUCGUCCCGGCCUCAUUUCAUUCAUUCCUUCACAGAUUUUUUUUUUUUUUUUGGAAACCUCAUCUUAUAAAUAAUUUUCUAAAAUACCUUUGCAGCUCCAGGGUAAAUACUCAGCCUAUUAUCUUCUCUAUCAUGUGUCGUUUUAACUUAUUUUACAGCCAGGCAGUUAUCAGCCGUUUGCAGGCAUAUCCAACUUGAAGUCAAACAUAUUCUGUAUUUUGUCUACAGCUGUACCAGAUUCGGCCUUAUCAAUAGUUGAUGAUCUCUGCUUUCAUAGUUCUCUUUCAGUCAGACGCUCUGUGCUCCCCCAGUGGGAAGAGCGUUUCGCUUUUGAUUUAAGUCUUGAUACACUCUUUUAUACCGGCUUUCCUAUCCAGAUUUCACUCCAUUAAAGACUGCGGGUAAAGGGGGAAUGAAUCCCUCACUCAAUUAGUGCUAAAUUAAUACUGGAGGAUUUAAUAACACAGAUGCCAGCAGACUUUAGAUUUCAUCUCGCCCCAGGGUGUUAGGGGGUGGGGGACAAACAGCGAGGAUCAAUGCUAGCUUUGCGUGUUUAGCUGUUUGAGAUUAUACUGAAGGAUAUGGGAGCUCUUUAUGAUUUCCUUGACCAGCGUGUGAACCUGAACCCUCGCUUUUGAGUGAGUGUGCGGCUGCGUGUGUGUGUGUGUGUGUGUGUGUGUGUGUGUGUGUGUGUGCGUGUGUUUGUGUUGAGGAACAAAAUGGAUGAAGGAUGAAGAGGACAUGUUUUGUGUGUCUGCGCACACACCCUCACGCUAUGCUGUCAUCUGGCCCUUGACUACAACGGCGCAGAGUUUCUCUUGUAUACAUAUCUCCAUAGUAACUAGGUUGCAGUUGACAUAAAAGUAUGCUGUUGCUGUAGCAACCGGAAAACUGAUUUGGCUUUACUGACUUAGGCGUGUGUGUGUGUGUGUGUGUGUGUGAGAGAGAGUUUGUGUUUGAAAUGAUGUGUGUGUGUGCAGGCGUCAGAUGGGCACUGAGGUGCUGAGUGGGGGAGAAUGAGUUUGCGCGCUCGUCUUGUGUGAUUUGCACAUAUACGUGUGUGUUCAUGUGUGUGUGUGGAGCAGCCUGUGUAGAGGUGAUUUUGGCAAGGACAGCCUGCCUUGUCUUCCUGUCGUUGCACACCGUUUAAGACAGCGCACUAAUUAACCCUUCAAACCUAUUCCCCUCUCUCACGCACACACGUGGCUUGUCUGACACACCAACAAACAAGCACACACACACGCGCGCACACACUCUCGAGCAUGCAUGAAUGCAUUAAAGGACCCCCCCCACACUCACACACACACACUCACACGGUGUCGGUGUAGAAAUGAGGGCACAUCUCUGCAGACUCCUACUCUACCUGCCAAGUGCUGAGCUUUAUCUGAAGCUGCAAUUACACAAUCUCUGUAAUUUCAGUCCGACUCUGCCAUUCAAAGCCUUUCACUGAGAAUAUCUGCAUGUGAAUUCUCUUUUUUUUCCCUCCCGGCUUUGCCUUUUUUUUUUUAUUCACCUGUUUAUGUCUUUUUGAAUUGAGCUCGCAAUUACAGGGUCUGAGAUAUUUUCCUCUUUAUGUUGCAUUAUGUUGUACUCAUUACUCGCCGUGGAGAAGAAGAAAGGGAUUUGUUAAAGAGGAGGUCAAGCUAUCGCUGGAGAGAGGUAGCCGCUUAGACACAGACAGACUGAGAGAAGGAAGGAAGGAGGCAGGCAGACAUGGCUUAUACUGAGAAUGCACCAAAUCAUAUUUCCAUCAAUUUACAGAGGUGGAGAUUAAUGUGACAGUGGCCUAUUUGUUCCAGUGACUGUAUUUCUGGGUCAUAUCCAGGCAGAUGAUAAGAUGAGGGGCUAGUAUAGAGUAAGCUUGCCACUCUCUGUGUGUGCGUUUGAGUGUGCAAACUUGUGUGAGAAAGUGUGAGACAGUGUGAGUCCCACGGUUGCCAUGGCAUUGUUUACUAACAGGAUUCCUUACUGUGCUGAAUGACAUGCCUUAAUGACAAGUGUUGUUGCCCUCAGACUUGUGGAUCAGCGCUGGAGAUCAGUGUUGUAACACACGCACAAGGACACACACACGCACUUGAACACACACACGCUCUCUCAGGGAUAUAUUUCUCAAAGCCUCUUAUGAAAUCACAGCAGAGACAACAGGCAGUUUUGUCAUCUCAGGCUCUCUAUGAAAUCUCUCUAUGUUGCACUUAAGUGUGUCACCUCCACCUUCACCUUAACCUGUUCAGAUGAGAGCGGCCUUGAUUCUUCCUUUUUUCAUCCGAGCACCCAGAGUGAGCUGAGAUUUAUCUCCUCGGGGUGCUUUUUUGACGCUCAUUUAUCCGCAGGUGCUGCAGCUAAUUUAUCUGGAAAAGUUGUAAAAAUCUGUUUUAUUUUUUUCUUUCCCUCGAAUUAAAAACACAUUAAUUCGUUUUAAGACUUAAUUUCCUGAGGGUGUUGUAUUGAUUUAAAGGAACAAAAUGUAAUAGUUAGUAAAUCUGACCUUUGGAUAUAGACAAAGCUGUGUAAUGUCAGGCUUUAUAGGACUCGAUAGAUAUCCUAUGUCGAACCGGAUCCUGGACCUGGAUGAUAUAAAGCAUAGUGUGAUAAACACAUGUUAAACAGUCUUUCUAACUGUGCAGGCAAAAUGUCCCACCCGCAUCCAAAACUAAUGAGAAAAACAGAUUUUUAACUGUUUUAUUCCCAUCAAUGAACAUGUGGGCGGCUUUUCUGAGUCUAAGUAGUCUUGUAGUAUUUCCUUCAUUUAAAAGAUUCUGGUGUCCAUUCAGUUUUAUUGGAUUUCUGUCUUGAAUUUGGUUCUGCGUAUUGAUUCAUAUUUGCUUUUAUUGUCUGGACUUCCAGGCUCUCAGAAGUGAACUGUUUAUUUUGACAUGGAUUUGUCCUUUAUUCUUUGUUUUUGACUCUGUGUGGACGUACUGAGGUUUAAUCCUGAAAGAUUAAUGUCGCUGUGUGUAACUGAAAAUUCUUGCACCUUAUUGAAUCCACUCAUAGAUGCAACGGAUGAUUUUUUUUCCCUCAAAAGCCUGUUUCCGUCCCCUGCAGUUUUAACCGUCUGAAAACAAUGUUACUUUUCGCUAUAGCAAACCGACAAGCGUCAGGCACUAGGACCAAACGGCCGCUCAAGCCGAAAAUUGGUUUUCUUCGGUUUGGACCGCCCACAAGGUCCUUGAUUAGCAGGGCCGCUUUUUGUGUGUGAUUUGCUAUCCCUGCCAGACAAGUGUUUUGCAAGUUGCUCGGAAGAGUCAGUCCGUGUAAGUUUACAGGAGGGCGGCGUUCAUUUUCCCUCUGUAACGUCCCAUUCAUUGGAGUUACAUCCCUGUAUUGGGUUUGUACUUCCAUCCACCCGCUGGCCGUAUUGCCCUUCUCUGUUACUGUGUGUGUGAGAUGUGCUGUUUGCUAGGCUAUAAGUCACAUGUGUCCCCCACCACCUUUGAAAUCAAAAUUUCGUCCAUGAAUCCACUUAAACUUGAAUUUUGGCUUAAUCAGCAGGACUGUCAAUUAUAAGGUUCAUCUAUUGGUUUAAGUUUGUGUUGAUUUUGGCGCCCCCUGUGGACAAAAGGGUGCAUUUCUUUUUUUUUUUUUUUUUUGAGGGAUGCACCGAUCCGAUAUUUGCAUUGGAUAUCGGCUUCAAUAUUGACUAAUUAACUGGAUCAGAUAUCUGAUUAAUGACGCCAAUCCAGUCUUUUUUUUUCUCUUAAUUACUAUCAUACGCAGCAACACAGUGAUUCUGUUCACCCUGUUUUGUUUACAUGGAAGUCUUACUUCUUUUUGCUGUGUGCUAAUGUGCAGUUUGUUAUUUGUUAAUAAAUAGUAUUAAGUAAAUUUAUAUCUGUGUUAAUUUGUUACCUUUUUAUAACAAGGCUAAUGUCAAGCCUGAUGCCUUCGGAUUGGUAUCAGAUAUCGGCCGAUAUGCUCAGCCCAGGUAUCGGUAUCAGAUUGGUUACAAAAAAAAAUGGAUCGGUGCAUCUCUAAUCUUUUUGCUUGUUAGCUUCAUUCUGUAAAAGUGUGAGUGGUGUUUUCUAACAGAGAGUCUCACCCUGCUUUAUCAUAACAGUGCACCAGGCAUGCAAAUAUAAGGAAAUGGUUGUGUGCAGGCAAAGACUAAAAACGACUUUAAACUAGAACCAAAGUUAGGAUGCUAUUGCCGUGUGCAGUGAAGUAAGCUCUAAACAGGGGAAUGUUGGAAGACAAUGUUAGAGACAGAGAGAAAUUAAAGGCUGAUGUAACAUGUCCUUGGAUGUGUAAAUAGCAAUGCUAUGCAAUUGUGUCAGCUCCAUCAAAGUAGGAUGAUACAAGGUGAUAAUAACAUGUCAAUCAUCGUGAGUCAUGAGUGUGAGUACAAGCCUUGUUGUCACUUACUAUUUGCUCAGCGCACCCGCAGGGAGACAAUUUAAACAUCUGUAAGAUUGGUUCCUGGUGGUGUCCUUGGAGGACUUUCAGAGAUUUAAAACUGAUGCCCCCUUUGACAAGAGGGAAGUCCAGAAACCCCCCGAUGAGCUCACUGAAAUAAACUGUUCAGAGACAGCUUCUCAUAGGUGGGCUAUGAGUUCAGCUCUCUGGGGUUUGCUCAUAUUGGACCGGGCCCAGUUUUUUUUUUUUUUGCCUAUGUUUGAUGACACAGUUCUGCAGUCACAUAACAGAGCUGUAGUAAGAUACUGAGGUAAUCAGUUUACUUUAUCGUCCUCUGAAGUGGACAGGAUGUUUUUCCUCUAGACGUCUGAGUUACUGCACAGUAACCAUAGCUGUCUUAUCUUGCAAGAUAACUGGUUUGUAAGAGAUAAUUCUGUUGUACACACAAGAUAUAAACUCCCACAAGAUGAUUUCAACAUGAAUGCAAGUUAUUUAACUUGUGAAAUUAUGAAAACAGGGCCGUCUUCAUCAGCCCUUCUGACAUUUAACCUCUCUUUUUGGUCACAUGUGGUCUUGUUUUUCUUCUUGAAAAAGCAUGAAUCUGAAUUUCAGGCUGUUUUGACAACUUUAGCACAAAUAUAUAUAUACAUAUAACAUAUCAUUUUGGGACUCCAGGGGUUUGUGCUUUUCAAAUAAGCUGAUUUGAAUAUUUUGAGAAAAUUUGUUUUGAAAACCGUCACUCCUACGUGUCUUUGAGAAUCUCAAAGCUGAACGUCUUAAACCAGUGCAUCUUAAAAACCCACACAAACCAGGUCAAACUCUGGCAUAAACCAGAACCACAUGCAAAGCCUGCGUUCGAUUUCAACAUAUGAUCACGCUCUGUUUUUCUACGCAUUACAAAAAUGACUGAUAUGUAACUUUUACACCCGAACAGGGCCUCUUUGUUGCGUGAAAUCCUUGAACAAGAACAAAAGUGGCCUGUAUCAAGCAGCUUCAUCAGAAGAGAUAUCCUCUUCUCCCUCUUUUCCCCUCUCUCCUCUUCAAAAGCUCUGCGUUCCUCUCCUUGUUUGAACAUUUGCAUCCUCUGCUUCAUUUCUUCAAAACAGACCUCUUUUUGUUUUGAUUCAGCGGGGCUGCAUAUCUUAAUCAGUGCUCAGGCGUGAACGUGCUGCGCGCUGUACUCGUCCUACUUGACUACAAUGUUAAUCUGAUAUUUAUCUGUGCACAUACAGUAAGAAACGAUAGAUCAGUGUAUCAGAGUUGUGCCUAAUCGGGUUUAAACACACCCGGGGUUAAUGCCAGGACUCUGACGGUGGAUGUCCAUCAAAGUGAAAUGUUUGCCGUCCUAAAGCUUUAAAUAUGUGGCAUAGGUUAAGUCAGGCUGCACGUGAAAAUGCAGCGGACGACAAAGCCUCUUAAUGCAUCUCUGUGCAUCACGCAUCUUUAUAAUCUCAUGUCAUAACUCGGUUCAGACUAAAUCUACUACGUGAACUUGUUUAAUGGAGCUCUGCAGUAUGUAGAUGAACAGUAUUCAGCCACAAUAAAAAACAGCAUUUUACUUAAAAAUUAAAGUUAUUUUUCUCCUCAUUUGAAUCUAAAACACCAAAACUAUUAUCCAUCCAUGGCUGCACACUGUCAGACUUCUUUAUCUAGCUCAUUGGCUCUCACUGAGAAGAAGUCUUUGUGGGUAAAUUGAGGUUAAAAAUUAAAAAUGAGUCUUUUGGGAGAGGCUUGGUUAUUCCCGGCCACUGGACACGGUGGUUUUUCAGCAAAUAUUGUCCAAACAGGAGAAAAAAUAGUGCGUUUGUGGGGACUGUUGUGUGUAUUUGGAGCAACAGGAGCUUAAACUUGGUGCCAACAGAGGAACAAACUACUCUGACUAACUUUUAAAUCUCGAUAAUGCCACAGAGUGAAACUGUGGGUCUCAAUGAUGUGAUUUUAAUAGCUUUAGGCGAACAUCAGAGCUCGGCUGCAGCACGGAAAAUGAUAUUUAAAGCCUGGUGUUCACAGAAAAAAUGUGUUUGGAGCAUUUAUUUCAGGGGAUGCCCGUUUCUCUUGAGCCAAUAACACUAACCUGCACAUGCUGAUAAGACCGGCAGUGACUGUUUUUACAUUUUUGUAAAGUUUACGCUCAACUAAGGAUAAGAGAGGCAGAGAUUUAGUGAAGGAGAAGCAAAAUACUCUAUAGCUUUUCUGUGCAUGUAUAAUGUGUCUGUGUUUAAGCUUUUAUUCAGUCUCUGGGCCGACCCCUAAUAUACAUAUGUUAAAACUAGUGUCAUUCAUCUACAUGUCGCUAUCCGAUCUGCCCCGGAAACCCGAUUUGUACUGUGCAUGUGCGAAACAUACGUCACUUCCUCUCUUCGUAUUUCAAUGCAUUUAACAGCAGUUAAUGUUACUAUUGCUAACUGCCCGAUCCAUUUACGUCACCUUAAAAAAAAUUAUUUUAACUACCGAUCAAUUACAGGAAUCAGCUGGUGAUGUGACAGGCUAGCUAGCAGGAGGCUCCAGGGCUAAUACCGAGGCGCUCACCAGAACUCCUGCCCAGCAUGGUGAGACCUUUUGGGCCACAGAGAGCACCGCCACCGGGUCAAAAUUAUGGUUCUCUGACUUUCCAAAGUAUUAAGGGGGGAAGCUCUGGAGGUGUGUGGCCACCCCAUCCGAUAUUUUUUUUGUAGGAUGGAAGGGGAAAGUCCCGCCUCCUUCGCUUCUGAUUGGCUAGAAAAACUGGAAACGUCUUUACACGCUCAAGCCAAAUGUGGGCUGUUGGUUCUGUACAUCGAACAGAAUAUUACAGAACAUUGACGCACUUCUAAAUCUUCUAACCCUAACCCAACAGACAAUGAUGUUUCACAGACAUUAGGAAUAACCAAUCGAAACCCAGCACUUCUAGCCAAUCAGAGGCAAAGGAGGGCGGGACCUUCCCCUGGCCACAUAGUGCACCACAACCAGGAGAAAUGUGUGUAGCUGGUGAUAAACUGAAGCAUCCAUUCUGACCGAGACGCAAACCACUGGGGGCCAAGAAUUGCUGAGCUGCCGCAAAGAUGGCUAGUAGAGGAAGUGACGUACGUUUCGCACAAAUUGGGUUUGCGGGACAGAUAAGCUGAUCCAGCUACAUAAGAAGCUGAUCCAGUAGCACAGGAUGGACAAACUUGUAAGAGCUGUACAUGUCUGUGCGAAAUUGAAAAGAAGAAAAAGAAGGAGAGAGUGGUUGUUGUGCAUGAAAGAAUUUGUUUUCACAGAAGUUUUUGAUGGUAAAAAUGUUAGAGAUGGAGGAUCAUACUUAGCGUCUUGUCCUUGAAGGCCACCGUCACAGAGGUGAGCAGGGGACAGCUCCAGUUAAGAUUCUAACUCCUAUCACUAAAUGUAGGGUGACCAUAUUAGGGUCAUAGGGGGGUGAAGUCGCGUACAAAAUUUUGAGGAGUUUUUGGGUCAGGUCAAGUGUUUUUUACGCGCUUCUAACUCAGUUGAAGGAUUUUAUAAACUCCCCCUGGACAGGCCAGACAGACCCCAAAAAAGAGGACAUGUCUGGGUAAAAGAGGACGUGUGGUCACCCUACUAAAUGUUUAGUCUGUUUCUAGGUUGAUCAAUAAGCCCUCUCUUCUCUAGAGGGGGUGAGCAAGGGAGCAUUACAAUCAAGAUGUAGCUAAAAUCUGUGUGUGUUGUUACAAGCUUGAAAGUGUUUAGAAAACCUUACCCCACCUAAAUCUUUAUGCAAAGUCAAGCUAAACAACUUCUGGUGUUCGCUUGAAUUUAACAUAAAAGUUAGAGAGUUAUCACACUUAAGAAUUAAACCAGUAAAUUUACCAGAAUGUCAAAGAUCAAACCAAUGAAAGUGUGUUGGAAGGAAAGGAACUUCUGAAGACUUCUGUGGAUUUAUAACUUUCCUCAUGUGUUUUCGCCCCUGCCUUACACUUCACAUGUUGUUUUGUGUGCUUUAGGUGACUCUGUGUGAGUGUGUGUGAGGAUGAUCGAGCAGAUAGGAAUGCAGUAGCAGUAGUAUAGUGUUACAAGCGGGGUCAGAGGCAGCACGACUGUUUAAUAUCUCCCAUUUCCAAGGGAGACCAGCCCCCACAGCUUAUAUAACACAGGAAACAGAUGUUGGCAACUCACAAUCAUCUCUCUCUCACACACACACACACUCUCUCUCUCUAGCCUUUGUCUCCCCUCUCUUCCCCUUUUGUCUUUUACUCACACCAUGACGUGUCUCAGGCAAGUUGGAGUCUGCAUGUUUUCUCCAUCAUGAAAAUACCUGAGCGCUGCUCUGUGCUCUGCAGUUUUAUAACGGGGAGAGGAGGCGAAUAAAAGCCGCUGCUGCUGCUGCUUCCCUAAUCAAAACUUCCACAAACUGCUGUACUGACACAGAUACAUAUAAUUAAAUCUGUUUCUUCUGAGAGUAAUGUUGCUUAAAGUUGCAAUUUAAAAUCCAAAGCAGCGCCUCCGUCGGUUUCAUCUCCUGCUGGAUGAGAUGUGUUUUGGAAAGUGGGGGUUAACCUUUUUAGAGUCAUGGAUUAUUUGUUGUCUAAUCCUGGGGAUACUACAGUAAUGUGAAUAUUUGUAAGUAAGUAAACGCAUCAUCCAGAGAGUGAGACCAGGUGGGAUCAGAGGAUGAAGAGGGAGAUUAUUCAAAUGGAGAGCAGGUAAAUGUCAAACACACAAUCCUGUAUCUAUCAGCCGAGUGGAGGAGAGCUAUUUUUAGACUCAAAGUCAUACUGUAUCGAAGUUGAACCUCUCUGGAAACUUAAAGCCAAUCUCUGACGUCCAAUACAUUUCUUGAUAAUCAAUUCUGAGACACGCUGAGUUUGAUUUUUUUCAACUUUUUUUCCAAGUAUGUCAGAAAAUGAAAAAAAGUCCAUUUCACCUCCUCCGGCUUCCAAACUCUAGAUGAUGCCUGUUGCCAAGGCAACCACUCUAACCCAGGUGACAGACCCUUCCUGUGAGCCGCGCCCUGUGAUUGGCCUAUCGACCCGGUUGGGGGGGGUGGUUGUUGUGGAGAUGGAGCGUUACGAUUGGCUGGCUGGUUGGCAGAGGCAGGAGCCCCGGCAGACAGAGAUUCUGAAGGGAGCAUUGAUUUAAUCGGCUGGCAAGCGGGCAGACAGUCAACACACACACACACACACACACACACACACACAUACACGUAUACACAAACUGGCUGGCGGGCUGGAGGUGCAAGGGGAAAUUUGGCCCAGUGGGGGUCACCUCUGUGGGAGCGAGCGUAUGUGUGUGUAAUAUCAUGCUCUCCAGGAGAGGCGUUGCUGGCAGUAAUAGAAGCACUCCCAGGAGCAGACCAUGCUGGGUAAUAUCACACUCCCCAGGGAACUCGCCAUACACACACGCUCAGCCCCAACACACACACACACCAAGAGCAAAACAUGGCACAUAUGGCUUGUGUUCAACACGACUCCCAUACUAAUGUACAGAUCCAGUCAGGGGAGACUCAAAUCAACAGGGCACACAGAUCCUAUUAGCUUCUUGCAUCCUUACAAGGUCAGACUGGAGCGGAGUUUCUGACAGAUACACCGGACAUGCUGGGAUCAGGAGACGCACGCGGCUUCCUAUGAGGCUCUGCGGGAUCUUCAUCUAUUAAAGAAGACAGUUUGCAUCAUGGAGCCGAGUAUCAGAGAUGAUCUGAAACAAAUCGGACAUGAAUGAGAGGGUUACUCUGAGACUGAGUCUUGAGGCUUGCAGCAGGAUUGUAUCGCGCCGCAUCAGAUGUUCCUAAUUUCUGUUUUUUCGGUUUGAGACCUGUCCCACUUUUGCAGCUACAGCUUCAUCUUUUUUUUGUGGAUUUUUUCAAGUGUUGUUUGCAUAUGCAUCAUUUUAUGUAAAAGCUCUUCAGCGCAUAAGCCAGAGUGCAGUUAAGUGAAUUUCAGCUCAGGUUCAGGUCUCUCUUUUAACCCUGUUCUCACCUGUAAACCCUCAGACUUAAAGCACUGUUUGAAGCUGCUGCUCUCCUAUGGGCUGUUACAGUCAAAUGCACGUUUAAAAGGAUGCUAUAGAUUUUUUUUUUUUACCUUUGGGACGCUCAAUAUCUUUAUUUUUUAUUUGAACAGCAGAAGUGUGAAGAAUGCAACCUGAGGCGUGUGUCGUUUGCUUCAGGAGUUAUAAAGAUUAACCUGCAAUUGAACAGUAAAUAUAAAAAGCAGGCUGUGAUUUGAGUUAAACCUGUUAAAGAUAAAAUCUAAACAUACAGAUUUGUUUUAUUUACUUAAACAAAAGUACGAUAAUAAUAAAAUUUCAUGCUUGCAGACAAUGUUUUGGUGUGAGCCUGAACAACUGGGUCACAAUCGGCUGAAACUUCACCCUCAGGAGGCAGAAAUGUUGUUAGGUUGACACUAGGGCUGGGCAAUAAACCGAAAAUUUACAGAUACAGAGAUUUGAAUCAUCAACUUUAUUCUGACCAAGUCCAGACUCAAAACUGAAAAACUGUCCAUUUCCCUUUUUGAGCACAGGAUGCAGUAGGGCUGAGCGAUAACCGAAAAUUUAUUGAUGCCAAACUUUACACCGAGUAUAGCGAUGUCAUUUUGCCCACAUCGGUAUACUUGGUGUAAAAAAAAUUAAAUAAAAGUUGGGUUUGGAUGUGUGUAGGUAGGCUAUGGUGACUCCACCCCAUCCAGUCUGUAACAAAGAGGGAAAGACAGGUGAGGAGAUGGAGGACGGUUCAACAGUUGUCGCGGCUGAAGUAGACGAAGUUAAUGUGGGAGGUGGUGAGCAGCUUGUGGAGUAGUUAUCGUCCAUUUAUCGUUAUCCAGGUGAACUGAUCAAUAUAUCUUGAUACUGAUUAGAGGUUAUAUCACCCAGCCCUAGUUGACACUGAAAUCUCUCUGUAAAAAGUUCCUAAAUUUCACUUGUUUUUGUUUCAUAGUUGCUGUUUAUUGCCCCCCAAAAUGAGAGCUUGCAUUGAAAUGUACUUCAAACUAGGGAUGUCCCGAUACGAUAUUGUUGAUAUCCAAUAUCAGCAAAAAAUACAAGCAGUCCAAUCCAGACUCAGCGCCAGCACCUCUAUCGACCAGCAAGUACCAAGGAGUAGGAGUGAUGUCGGCUGUGUAGCAGUACUUUUCACUAAAGUCCAAAAAAGACGUUGUAGCUGAGUGCAAAACUUGUCAUGCACAAGUUUGUGUUAAUAUCAGAUCAAUAUUGGUAUCGGCCGAUAUUGAAGACUACAAUAUCGGUAUCAUAUCGGAAGUAAAAAUGUUGCAUCCGGACACCUCUAGUUCAAACUCAAAACACCACUCUGUAAGCAAAAGUUUUGUAACUUCUAAAAAGUCACUUAACAAAGAGGCGACAAAUAAAACAAAUGAGAAAUGAAACUUAUUAAAAAGAAAGUUUUAUUUAUUUUGGCAGAAGUUGCUCCAAAGUUUUAAAAAUAACCAGUACCACAUCUUCUGUUUAAAUUUCCCUUUGUCGCUCUUUCAAAAGGACUGAAUUUUAUGUAAAAAGUUGUUUCCAAAGAUUGGAUAUGUGGAUGAAAAAGAAAGAAACAGGGACAGUCUGCAAAAAAAACACGGCUUUACUUUCUGCAAAAACUUUUCAACCCCACAAAAAGUCCAUAAAUCCUCUUAUGUCUUCAUACUCUGUACUUAGAUUUUUGUUUGAUUCUCGUGGACUUUUGACUUCUACCACGAUGUAAUGAGGUGUGCACCUCCUCCACUUGAAUAAAAAAAAAGUGCCGCUCAGGUUUAAAGAUUUGUCCCCAAUUAACGCUAACAUGCUCUGGCAUAUCUGACAUUUCCUUUUUAAUAGAUUCCUGGUGGUAUUUGCAGAAAUCAGAAGCCUGCAGUCAUGACAUCUCCCCUCCCUGUAGCCUGUACCUGUAUCACAUCACACAACACUACAAAGUGAGCGCAGCUCGCGACAGGACAGGUUGUAUUUUACAUUUAUUUCCCUCUUCUUGUUCUUCGUCUCAGCUGUACACAAACUUCAGAUGAUGAGGAAGAUGAAAGCAGGUAGGAGAGUCAGCGAGAGAUAAAGACAGGGACUGUAUUUUCAUGGCGACUUUGCUCCUGCCUCUGUAAUCUAUAGGCUGGUUUUUCCUCAGAUUGGGAGCCCACAGCUUCAUUAGGUGGUGGGGGGCGGGGGGACCGCUUUGAUCUAAAAAUACACACUAUCAUCGCCUCUGGAGUGGAAAAGUUAAAGAGUCUCCCUGUGUCUUAAUCAGUAAAAAGCCUCCAGAAUUUUCUUCCAAGGCGAGGCAGAGGAUUGGAAAGUCUUGAACGUGUUAGCAAUGAGGAUGUUUUAAUUCGCACUCCUGCGGGUGUUUUCUUCUUCUGGGAAUAUUAAAAUCACCGCUCUGUGUACAGGUGGUUCGGUAAAUAUGGAUCCGGCACAAGGUCUGAACUUUGACGUCUUCGCUCGCGUGCUAACAUCUCUGUUUGUCUCCUGUUUUUGUUUUUCAGAGCAUAGGUAAAGGCUCUCUGUGGUCCAUAGAUCCAGAGUAUCGGCACAAUCUGAUCCAGGCCCUGAAGAAGACGCCGUACCAUCCCUACUCGCCAGGCCUGGCCACCCCUUCCACCUCCCCGCCCACCCUGCCUCAGACAUUUCAUCACAGGUGAGACGACUCCGCUGAUUGGUUGAUUGACUUUGUCCUUUAAAAUCGUUAUGGCGUUGAAUUGAGUUGAGUCUGAGUUGAGUUUUGCAUAUUGAACAUGUUGGGAUGUCUCACAGAAACUAAAUCAAACCAUCUAUAUCAUUAAAUACGCCUUAAAUCCUGAACAAAUCCCUGUAUGAGCUCGGAAUAGAUCGUCUUUUUCACUCUGUUGUCGGACGAUGUGGGAUGUUUAUGGAUAGUUAUCAUACUUAGAUGCCACAGCAGAUUUCUGGCUCCGUCACGGUCCUCUCACAGCUCACAAAUUUGGCUCCUAGAUGUAGAAGUGGUUUCAAAAUUAAACUACGUGUAAAAAUAUGUGUUUCCUUUACACCACGCUGAGAUAGACUGUUUAUUAAACUACAUCUUUACUUAAACGCAUUUGAAAAAAUAUACAUAAAUAUAUAUCAUCAGCUGUUUGACGACAGUCUUUGUGUCUGGUUGCAGCUGACAGUUCAACAUCUUCUCUCUCAUGCAGGUUAUGGAUAACAAUGAGCUCCUUAUUUACGUCAAACUGUUUAUUUCUUAACCCGUUCAGAGAAUAUCAAACAUUUAAAGGUUUUGUUUAACCGUUUCAGGGCUUUAAAGACCAUCACGCUGCUAAAUGUGUCUCAUAUUUGUGUGCCAACCCCCAUCGACCGGACCGUUUUUUACACUCCUCUUUUAUAAUGCAUUUAUGUCGCCUUUAUUAGAUGAGACAGCUGUGGAUGAGCCGUAUGUGGUGGAGACUCAGCUUCUGGUCCUGAUAGAGCUACCUUUCUCAGAAAAAAUGCCAAGCAGGCUCGCACAGCUAUUAAAGGUUUGUUAAAAUCGAGGCAGAAAUUACGAGUUUUUGUUUUUUUGCAGCUGAGACGCUGCUGAAUCUGGCUGUAAGAGAAAACCCCAGAAAAAAGCAGAUGUUUACCCAAAUAAUCUGCACAGAGAGGGAAAACAAAGCCAAAAGUUUGGAUGAACAUCUGCUGUGAUGAAUUAUUAAACCACUUUCUGGUUCCAUGUUUUACAACAUGAAUAUUUACUGCGAUAUUUGAGUGAAAUGAUCCACUAAAAACUUUAAAAGGCUCUGUGAGGAGUUUUUAACUGAUUUUAAAAUAGCGCCACUCCUAUACUCAGACCUCUUUAUGACCUAUAAGAUUAUCAGUGCGUUUCUUCUCUGUAUUGAAUGUCAGUGUCUGGGUUUAGAUUGGGGUUUUGGCAUAUUUAAAACUCACCUGGAAGUGUUUAAGUUUAGAAAUGGGCUGAUGAAGAAACAAGUCAUCAAGAAAGAAGAGUAUGCUUCUCUUUGGGUAAUUUUCCUUUUACUCACAGCUAGGGCUGGGCGAUAAAACCAUAAUGAUAUAUAUCAAAAAUUGCCAUAGCCGGCAUUCUGCCGUGUUUUGGUAGACUGAAAGAAUAGCCAAUGAAAAGAGGAGUUGCUUCGAGUCUGCACUGCAAAUUAUGUCGAGUACAUGUUUAUGCAAAGUCGGGGAAUACCUCAAAUCUUUUUCACCACCUGAAGUAGUGCCGUGAGGCGGAGCAUGCGCAAUCUAAAAGUUUACAAACCCCGAGCGGAGCAAGUGCGAAGCAGCCCACGGCGCCUGUGCAGCCGAAACAGCCGACCAUUCAGUCCGCUUUACAACGAAACGUCAAAGAGACAAGAUUUUAGUUAUAAAAUUAAUAUUUUAAAAAUUUAUCUGUAAAUUUUUGAAUCUGUUUUAUGUUACAUUCAAGGUUGAAAAGUCUUUAUAUAUAUAUAUAUAUAUAUAUCGUGAUAUAUAUCAAUAUCAACUGAUAUGCAAAAACUAUAUUGUUAUAAAUUUUUUCCCGUAUCGCCCAGCCCUACUCGCAGCAUUCUGAUUGGAUGGAAAUCUAAAUCCUGACUUCUUCUAAAAAUUAGAAAAACUUGAGUUUUAAUUGAACACAGCUAAAAACAGGAUCCCAACGCCUGUGAAUUAGAGUUUACAAAGUUCAGCUGUUGUUAUACUGCCAUAACAAAUCAGUGCUUCAUCACUCUGCACCCUGUAAAAAAUCUUAAACAAAGUUAGAUAGCACUGAAAGAUCUCUAGUCCCUUUAUUUGCUUCCAUAACAAACACACCUGUUGGUACAAGCUGCGUUUUAUGGCGGUAGAUGAUGGCGCUCAUGGGAAAUGCAGUCUCCAUCCCAGUAAAACUCAAACAGCUUCAUCCAUAGGGGUCACCAUGACAACGCAACAUAAAAACUCAAGCCAGAUCCCUUCAUCAGUGUCUCUUCUAAGAAAAAAAAAAAGUGCACAAAAAGUUCUGUCCUGUGGUUAUUUUUCGAGAGCGGUGCACUCGUGUUUACUCGCUUGCUUAUUUUUGGUCCGCGGUUAAAUAUCAGAGAAAUGGGUUUGCUCUCGAAGCGAUUUAAUACUUAAAAGAAAACAGUGUUGUUUACUCGUGGAGUCGAAGACGAAAUGGAGCUCCAAGAAUAAAUGCAGAGAAAUGCUUUUAUACUGUAUUUACGCCGUUGCGUUAUUUAAGUGGAUCUUUGAGAAGCAAAUCGAUUCGCAUCAAGUCGGGACUUUGUGAAAGUAAAUGCGAUCAAAUUGAGAAAUCAGUGUUGUUAUUCACUCCGACAGACCAUUGUAAGUGAAUUAUCUCAGAGUUUUUGGACUGUUUUCAGACAAAAGAAGCCGAUUGAAGACAUCACUCUGGGAAAGCCUCUCCUCUCGUUUCUGAUGCGUUAGAGUCUAAACGAUUAAUCAGAGAGAUUAUUAAUACCUAAAAAAAAAAAAGAAAAUCUGAAGUUGCAGCCCUGAGGCGCAUACAACAUAAAACAUAUACACCUCUCCACCUCUCCAACUCUCUCUCUCUCUCCAUCUGUCUCUUUCUCCACCCACCUGGCCCCCGGCGGUCUGCAGCUGACCCGCCCCAUCCUUUCCUUGAAUCUUUUUUGCACGCUGUUUUCACUCCCAUCCCUCCUCCCAUCUCCUUCCUCCCUCAGGCGCAUCGCAGGUAAAAGAGCCGGUUUUCACUCCCGAGUCUUCUCCCCCCCUCGUCCUCUCCCUCUCCUCCGGCUCCUCACACUUCUCCUCCUCCGUUCCGCUCCCCUCUCUCACUCUCUCUUGUCUCCUCUUUUAAUGUCCCACACACCCUCCCGCUCAUCCUCAGGCAUACAUUACAACUGCUGCCCCCCUCCACCCACCCUAGCCCUAGUACUCUGUCUUCUUUAUUUAUCCCUGCUGUGAUUUAUCCUCUCUUUUCAUUCUCUCUCCGCCGCUUUAUCAUUCAAUUAAAUCCUCCUUUGUCUACAUUCACUUCAUUCUCCGACCCCUCGCGGCUCCCACACAUUCACAAGCACCUCCGCGGCAUCCACCUGUGUUGUUCCCUCCACUCCUCUCCUCUCCUGACCUCUCCUCCACCCUCCAUCCUCUCCCUCUGCGAACUUCUCAGUUUCCGGCUCUUUCUAUCCAUCCUGGUGGAGGUGUCAGCGAGAGCUACUAUUAGUCGUCUUUUUUCCCUCGGUCCCCCUCUCCUCUUUUCUUUCCAAAUACCUUCACCACCACCACCACCCACCCACCCACUCUGCCCGCUCCCCAGUUGAUCCGGGCAGGUUGGCUUGCAGAGCCAGCGGACUGUGUAAGACAGAAUAAUUGGUUCACCAUAAAAUGUAAAAGUGUCAUUUUGAACAAUGAGGUAUGGGGAAGUGGAACAAAUUGGAGGCCGGAUUCGGAACACGAGGAGGACGGGGAGGUGGGGUGAUGUGAGGAGAAGGUUGGAGCAAGGGAGGGGGAGGAGAGGGAGAGGAAGGGAGGCUGUUCAUUUUGUAUUGUGGCUCACAGGGGGAGCGGGAGAGUCCGUUUCUUUACAAUGCAGCACCUGCAGAGCAUGCAUGGUGCAAAUUCAUUUAUGUACUUGUAUGCAUGUGUGUGUUAUCGGACCUUUCCAGCGAACACGUUUCCAUUAAGACUGAAACUAUUUUUUAUCCUGUAAUAAGUAAAUCUGGAAAUAUUUACCUGACAUGUUCAAGUCAAGAUUUUAAUCAUUGACUUUAUUCUGACAGAGUCCAGCACAGCGAUAUGGAAUUUAAAACAGAAUGAAAAGUGAAAAUAAUUUACAUAUAAUUCAAUUUUAUAACAUUUUAUCAUGAUGUCCAUUUCCCUAUUUUAGCAGAGUUUUUUUUGCAGUAGGGUUGGGCGAUAAACCGGAUAUUUACCUAUACCGAAAUUUACGACAGUUACCAACGUCAUUUUAGGUAUUUAAAAAAAAAAAAAAUAAAUGAAUGUUAGUUUUGGAUGUGUGAAGGUGGGCUUCUCUAAAGGGUCUCAUGUCCCUUUAACCACGGAAUCCCACUGGAUCUGGAACGCAAAUGCGCAAGCAUACAGCGCCCAACGGAUCCAAUCCACCUCCACCGUCAGAGGUUAAGCGCUUGCCUAUAUUACAGAUAUUUCUCACAAGACUGGACGAAAUCUCGCGUGUUUCCCUGUUAGACAUUGAAUGAGAUCCGCUGAUCGGUGUAUAUAAACAUCGCCAUCCCACAACCCUGGCCUCUCCUAUAAUUAAGUUGAGAACAGUUCAAUGUAUUGACAUUAUUUUGUUUUGAAAAUUAACUGGAUAUUUUACUCUGUAGCCGCAUACAACUUCAGCUGCUGCUUGUGCUGCGCUGCACUGAGUUGAAGCGCCGUUUUGCGGUGAUUUGCGGUGGCAGUGAUUUUGAGCCCAUGCGUUUAUUUCCACUACAGAGUCAUGCCUGAUUUUAGAGCAGUGCUGCCUCAGGGUUUAGAGAUCCCAGCUGUCCAGGAUUUAAAUAUAUAUUCAGUACUGUAGAUGAUGAAAUCCUCAAGUUUUUCAGUAUUUUUGUGCUGAAGAACAUCAUCAACCUCUUUCCAUUUUCACUUCUGAGACUGAGCUUCUCUAAAACAUGACAUGUUGCAGAUAAACCUCAUCAAUUAGAAGAUGUUCCUCCAACUGUUUUUUAAUUUUAGUAAAAUAUAGAGUCUCUGCUUUUCUGGGAUUGGUGAUGCGGUUGGAUCAGCUCUAGUUUUCAUUUACUUGCAAAAAGACUUUAAAAAAAUCGACAUUGAGCACAAACAGACAAAACCACUGAAUAAGAAACCUUUAAAGUAAGAAAUGGAAACAUUUACAUUAGCCUUUUUUGAGACUUUAUGCUCAUUUUUCUAUUUUCAAAAGAAGAUUCCUGCACUGCUCUCAGAUGUAAGACUGCCCUUGAACACCCUUGAAUCCUUGAAAAGAAGAGCUUCCAAAUAGUCACUGCUUUCAACCGUAACUUUGUCAUAACAUGAAAAGGGCUUGGAAAUGCUACCUGCGGCUCAAUAAGAAAACAUCUUUCUGGUCCCCGGUUGUCUUCUUUAUGCCGUCCAUAGAUGAAUGGAAACCAGCCGCUGCCUGGAAAGAAUAAAAUCAAUCUAAGGAUUUAUGGGGUGCUUUAGAAAUUGGCCAGCAGCAACAUGGCGCACAGGCGCAGCAUGUACAGUAUGCACAAUCUGUUGCUAAUGGGCUAAAACAUGAACACGACAUGUAUGGUUCUUAACGUCUUUAGCAGUUACCUACAGUAAUGAUGGAUUUGCUCACCAGGAUUACUCACUGUACUGUGAAAUUUCAUUGAAUUUGAUGGUGUAACAUUACCAAACAUUGAUCUUGAGUGCUAUAGAGACACUAUUUUGGAGUUUUAGUAAGCAAAAAAUGGAAAAAAUUAUUAUAUCUUAGUUUUUUUGCCAGAUUGUAUGAAUCCAGACAAGCUGAAAAUGCAUUUUACCCACAUUUUACCCUUUGAAAUUAACACCAAACUCUUCUGUGGUGAUAUAAAUUUGGUGUGCUAGGUUAUGCUUUAGCAGCCUGACCAAAGCUACAUCAUUAAUCUCUGUGGCGCAGGGACACUAUCCCUCUGUUAACUCAAUUAUUGCUAACACACAGCCGUGUCCCAAAUGUCUUAUUUUCUUGUGCACACAAUAUAAUUCAAUAACUUAUUUACACGUGAUAAAUACGUGUGCGCACCAGGUAAAGAUUUGCACAUUAGCAGGACUUCAGGGGCUUCAUAGCUUUAUGUUUGGUCUCUCAGCAUUUACAACAUGUUUUUACUUUUGUAUGUGCAGAGAGACGAGUCAGCUGAGGUCUAUCUAUUAUAACGGCACCCUCUGUAAUAUUUCAGUCUGAAAUCUGCUUCUUUUACAUUCAUACAACAACUUAAAUGAGCUUAGCUAACAGACUGCAAACCAGCUACAAGGCUAUUUUCUUCAAUUCAAAUCGCUUACGCCGAUUGUCAAGAAAGUCUUUGUGUUUUUAAACUUGUUUUCCUUCUUUAAAUUUAAGGUCUAUUGUAAUGAUAUCAUUUGACAGAAAUAUGGAUAUAGAUCUCAUACAUUCAGACUGAAGUGCUAAGAAAUAAUACAUUACGAGAGCUUUCACUGUUAGUCUUUACUGUUGAUGCACUGCGCUGCCAUCAUGGAUCAUGACGUUGUUGUCAAGUCGCGUUGGUGAGAAUUGCCCGACUUCCCGAGUCGGAAAUCCGACUUCAGGGGUGUGUUCCAGAUGAAUUUCUGACUGGGAGCUCGGAAAUCCAGACUUCUAAGUACAACUGGAAUGCAGCAAUAAAGUCAGACAAAGUGGUGUAAGGAAGUAGAUCUAGAAGGAAACACACACCAACAGCGAAGCCAAAGUAUCAAAAGGCUGAUAUACAGUAACAUAACCGUCCAAAUGCUGAAUUUCAACUCAUAUCCAAUAGUUGGUCUUCCAGUACACUUAACAAUAAUAGGAUCUGACUGUUAAACAGGCAGAGUGCCUUAUUGAACCUGCAUUCACAUCAUGUAUAGAGCCUGAAGUUUCUUUUCCUUUUAGGAAAUCUUGCAGAUUAAUAUUUAAAAAUGCACAGACCCCCUGCAGUUCUCUAAAGUACACUAGUGCAUUCAAGUUAAGUCGAACAGACAACUCAUUUAACAUAAUACUGUAUUAAAUCCUUUAAAAUAAGUGUAACAUUUAACAUUAGAAGUAAUCAUAAGCACUCUGAGCGCACGCUGGAGGUCCUUCCGCCGUGUGCAGACUGUAGCGAUCUCACUGAUCGUCUCCGACAAACCUCAUCAGGAGAACAUUAAUUUAAAUGUACAGACCGAGUCAGAAUAUGUAAUAAGGUAUUAACUGUUGCCUUUGUACAUAUCUGUGGACUCAGAGGCUCCAAUCAAUAUACCACAAUAUCUCUCUCAAGAGCACUCACUCUGAAGAAUAUUAUGUUAUGAAGCGUAAUGACUGUGAAUGGCUGCACGGCAUGUCUAUUAUGUGGAGGUCAAGGACUGUCUCAAGCAGUUCCACACAGCUCGGAAGUGGAAGAUGAACCGAGGGGAUGAAGAUAUAGAUAGAGAGGAGAAAGUGGCAGAGUGGAGAGAUGGAGAAAAGAGAGGGAGUGAGGAAAGAGGGAGGGAAGAGAGAGAGCCAUGAUGCUUCUUUGUCCUCUACUCUUUGUCGCUCACACCUCUUGGUUUUUCAUGGACCGUAAUAACUCACAGCGCUCCGGUCCAACCCCCACCUGCAGCGUGUGUGCGAUUGUGUGACCAUAUCUGCAUGUGUGUGUGUGUGUGUGUGUGUCAGCAGUCCAACUCUGGAAGUGUGUGUGUGAAUGUAUGUAUCGUAUGCAUGCAUUAACAAAUGGGUGUGAGUGUGUGCAAGACGAAGAGGGAAGGAGAGAGAGCAUGCUGGGUAGGAGGUCAGCUCCAUGGUGCAUUCCUUCACACCCCAUCAGCAUCUGGAUGAGAGGAGGGGGGAGGAGGGGUGAGGAAGAGGAGGAUAGGAAGGAUGGAAGGAGGGAAGGGUGUCUCCAAGGGGGGUAGGGGAGGAGUUCUCUCCCUCCUUCUCUUUCUCUCCCACCUCCCCUCUCAUGGAGAGAAAGAGCUGAGGUGAAAUGUUGGGGUGGGAGGGUGGGUGGGGGUGUGUGUGGAUGCAGAACAAGCGUCUGCCACGAGUUUAGCCCCUCGCCCACUACAUUAAAUGCACAGGGUCUCCUUGGCAACGGGAACGCCGCCAUGGCAACACAUGUAGUAUAAGGCAGGUGCUGUCGCGCUGAGAAGCCAUUUGUUGAGAGGUGGAGAGAGAGAGAGAUGGAUCAGGAGAGGGGUAGAGGACAAGAGAGGGAGAAAAGGGUAAAGAAGGGGAAAAGAGAGAGAGAGAGAGAAGGUAGAGGGAGAGAGAAAAAAGAGAGGGAGAAAAAGGUACAGAGUGGGAAGGUAUGCAAGAGAGAGAGAGAUGGAUCAGGAGAGGGGUAGAGGACAAUAAAGGAAGAAAGGGGUAAAGAAGAGGAGAUGGGAGAGGGGAGGAAAAAGAGGGGAGAGACGAGGUAAAGAGUGAGGAGGAGGCAUAGAGAAAAAAGAGAGGGAGUAAGAAAGGUGUGUAAGAGCGAAGGAGAGAGAGAUAGAGAAAGGAAUGAAGGGAAAGACAGGUAAGAAAAAAGAAAGAAAAGGAGAAAGAAAGAGAGGAAAGAAGAUAAAAAGGAAACAAUAAAGGAAGGAAACAAGGGAAGAGAAGAUAGAGAAUUUGAUAAAAUGGUUAGGAAACUGAAAAGAAGAAUAAGAUGAGAAAAAAGGUAGAGAAAGAGUGAGAUUGAGAGAGAGAAAUAAAGAAAGGAAAGAAGGUAAAAGGAAAGGACACAGUAAAGGAAAGAAAGAAGGGAAGAAAAGAUAGAGAUAGAUAAAAAGAGUAAGGAAAUUGAAAAGAAGAAUAAGAUGAGAAAAAAGAGGUAGAAAAAGAUAAAGAGUGCGAUUGAGAAAGAAAGUAAAAAGUAGGGAGGUAGAGAGAAAUACAUAUAGAGAGUGAGGAAAGGGAAGAGAAAAGAGAGGUAGAGAAGGACAAAGAGUGAAAUAGAGAAAGAACGAGAGAGUACGAGGAAGGAGAGAGAGAGAGAGCGAAAGAGUAAGAGAAAUAGAGAGAGUGGGGUAGGAAGAGAUAGGGGGUGAGAUGGGCGGGGGGUGGGCUGGUGGUGGUGGGGAAAACAGACAGGCUGUUAGCGCAGGAAAAAUAUGUUAUCGCCGUGGCAACGCAAUGUGGCAACUCUCCAUGGCAACAGCAGGUGGCUCAGGGCUGAAAUUUGCGUUCGCUGCUUUUGCUGUUUUUGUAUUGCUGUGUUAGUGUGUGUGUGUGUGUUUGUGUGUGUGUGUGUGUGUGUGUGCUUGUACAGUACGUGUGUGUGUGAGAGUGUGUGAGUGUGUGAGUGAGUCCAUCCUUCUCCUGCAUCUGUUGAGGUGAGAGCCACAUCACAAGUGCAGACGUCCAAAUCCUCUCAUUCAGCAGCUUAGCGGCACAUAAAACAGGACUCACAUUACAAAGGAAACUCUCCUGAUGAGUGCAAAACGAGUGGGCUGCCUCUCCCAGAGUUCACAGCCUCUUCCAGGUGUUUUCUGCCCCUGCGUGCGUUCGCGCGUGUGUGUGUGUUUGUGUAUGUGAGCGCACAUAUGACCAAGAUCCAUGUUGUCAGACACUCUGUGACUGUGCUUGAGAACAGCCUGUCUGGUUUCACAGGGAACUGGAGAGAGAGGGAGAGGAGAGGAGAGAGAGAGAGAGGGGGGAGAGCGGAGCAGUCAGACGUGUUGCCUAAUGGGGAGCUAAAGACCACUCAACCUGGAAAAGCUCUUUCAGCCUCUCUCCUUCUCUUUCUCUUUCCCCCUCUCUCUCCCUAUCCCUCCAUCUUUCCCCUUCUGCCUUAAAAUUAUGGCAUCACCCAGAGCGCCGCUUCUAUUGUCCUCUUGUGUGUGCGUAUGAGUGAAGAUGUCUCCGUCUAUGUGAGAAAUGCCGUCAUUACCUCCCUCAUUAGUGGUGCAAUGAUCACCUAACUGAGUCCCGGCUUUGUGUGUCGCUCUGUUUGCGCGCGUGUGUGUUCCCUUUGCGAGUGUGUAUUCCUUUUUUUGCACUCUAAGUGUAAGUGUGCAUUUUUAAUGUGUCACACUCUACACACGUCUGUCUUAAAAGAGUGCGUGUUGAAAGUAAGUGUGUGUGUGUGUGUGUGCGUGCGCUGAUGAUUUUUUUCUUUUAAAUGUGUGUGAAUGGACUAGUGGCGGGCGGCGAUGGGGGGUUGUCAUGAGAAAUUACCCCCAUGGACUACAGCGGCGAGGCUGUAAUUCUCUGAGGUAAUCACAGGGAAUAAUGGCAACAGUGGGACACCCGGGAAUCUAAUCACUAUAAUCAGAAGCGCCGGCUUAUGGGCUCAAAUUCCUGCCUUGCUAUCUGCCUCGUGAUGAAGCCUGCUGGGCUGGUUGGCUGCUGCAACAGGAUCAAAUGAUUGACCAGUUUUCUCUUCUUCUUCCUCUCUCCUUUUUAGUCCUCCAUUGUGGUCAGGGAGUCCCCUCUUCAGGAAGAAUGGAGGCGUUCUCCUACAAGGUACCACUUCACCUCCACAAGUGUUGUACUGUAUAUGCGAUCUCCCUCCUCCUCCUCCUCCUUUUUCUUUCUAUCUUCCUUUCCGUCUUGUCUCGCUCCUCCUCUCCGUCUCACCCUCUUUCUUUCCCUCCCUCCUUCAAUGUGCCAACUCCAAUCAUCUCAAUUCCAAAUCCCUCUUUUUAGAAACGCACCUUGAGAAUACCGAGCGCUGAGUUCUGACACUUGGCUCGCCGCCAGAGGAGGGAUGGUUUUUCUUCGGAGGCAUAUUUGAAAGUUUGAGAGGAGAGAGAAAAAAAAAGAGAAGUGAUAGAGACAGAGUAAGAGAGGAAGAAAAUCUCAGCUGGGGAGCAAUCCCCUAGCCUCCUUUUCUUCAUUCAACACAACACGCAGUUUCACUCUUUAACUCUUAUACACCUCCUUUUCCAAGUAUCUCCCAUUAUCCCUCUCAUCUCCUCCUCUUCCUCCUCACCCCCCUCCCCUCGACCUCCUCCCUGGUGGCUGGACGGUAGUUUAAAUGGACAUUCAAUCCCAAUCAGGGAGCACUCCGGGAGCUCGCUGGGCCGCCGAGUCCUAAAUGGAGGGGGAAAUGGAUACAUUAGGCGUCUGCGGCGCGCCCUCCAUCGCCGCUGAUAAUGGAGUAGUAAUGGUCAAGGAGCCGAGGCUGGUGAGAGUGUCUGAAACCUGGACUCCCUGUAGACGCACACAGUCUGAGAGUGAUGUGUCUGUGUGUCCAGAUAGACGGACAGAAUCAGAGAGACAUUGACCAUAUUCAGGCCAUUUUCUGCAGGCGUUGCACUCAGGGUUUGGGGCUCAGAUGCUGCUGUGGUUCAUGGUGCUCGAACAUGUGACUUAAAAGAUUAUUUAAUUGGACUACUGUCCCAGAAUACUUGGGCUAUAAAGUCCUAGUCGACUGGUCGACUGAUCCCCACUCUCCACAGCAUCCAGGACUGCUACGAAAAGGCCGUGUCCGCCGUUCGUAGCAGAUCGUAACCAUUCAAGUUAUGUGUCAAUUUCUCCGGCACAGAUUAACCCGUGCUGAAAAGGAAGUUGGCACAGACACAAGAUAAAACAUCUGCCUUCUUUUCAAAAUAAAACACACGCAUUUCAUCCUGAUGACACCAUGAAUGAGGGGAUGCUGAUUUUAGACGUCUAGAAGUAGAUUUCCUCCUCUGGAAGGACACAAUGUACUACUUAUAUGGUUAGCCUAUGUGGCUAAAGACAACUUGUUAUCGUGCAAUUGCACGUGAAUCCGUGGGUUCUUGCGAGUUCUCGCGAUUUCUGCUGCCGUACUCCUCGACGAAAUUUGCUUCACAAAUGGCAGGAAUUGGCGUACGGCAAAAAUCGCCGUCGUUCCAGAUCAUAGCCGCUCUGGAUGCGAUGGAAAUCCCGGGUUAUCAGUCGAUAUGUGCUGAGUCGACCAAAAUUCUGAUUGGUCAACUCGAUUGUUUUCCUGCGUCAAUUUAAAGUCUAUGGUUAAUUUCAUUCGGAGGACUGUACCAAGUGCUAAUAGGGGUGUUUUCAGAGCACCCCCUGUUUCACAAGUAACAGCCUAGCUUAGAACACCCCCCUUGUUUUCACCAUUUUGAAUUCGCCCAACCCACUGGAGACCGGCUGGAGACAGGAAGAUUGAAGAGCGUCCACGUUAAUCAUCAUCCGGUGGUUUGCUGAAUAUUUAUAUUUUAGCCUUUAGUGUUUAAUUGCCUUUUUGUGCUGAUAUCAGUAUAUUUUCACCCUGCCACAGAAGGGUUUGCCGUCAGAGUCGAUUUUUGGUCAAAAUUUCAGGGUCUUAGUCAACCAAGAAUUUCUUUGGUUGAUUGCAGCCUUUCAGAAUACAAGCAACAGGCAAGAGUUGGUAUAUAUUUCAGCUCAAACAAAAAAAAUGCAAAAAUGACUUGGAGUGCCCGUGCAAGAGGGAGAGACAGGAAAAGGAAACUUUUAAAGUGUGUAAUGUGUUUCUGAAACGAGAAAGAGUACCGAAUGGUCAGGCGUGACAUAGAGGAGAGGGAAAAAAAAGGGGAAACCUUGUGACAGACAGCCAGAGGCAAAGACAAGAAAAAGAGGAAGAGGGAUUGGACUGCCAGGGAGAGUGAGUUUGGGGCUGUUAGUGCCCUCCGUUAUUACUUCCAUCUCCCAUUCCCAGAGCUUUCAGAGCUGCUCCGCUCUGAGCUGAUGUGGGCUGAAAUCUGCCGCUCCCUGUGGCCCGGCACCAGCUCAGGAUCAACACAAGGACAAUGGCUGGCAGCUGUGUCCUUAAUCCAACCCACUGCCCCAAAGUUCAUCAUUUAAUAGCUCUAAAUCAGGAAGGAUCCGUUCAGUCUAUUUUAUUUAAUUGCCUAGGUCACCUGAUAUCAUUUCUAAAGAAACUGUUUUUAGCAGCAAUGAUUUAAAAAACCCCAAGGCUUUAUUUACUCAUCAAGGGAGAGCGUUUCAAGAUAAUAGAGAAAUUGACCAGCUGGUAAAUGUUUAAUUGCAGCGUAUCAGUACAUCACAGCCUCUUUGAAGGCUUAAUCAUAUAUUGGGUUUACGUCUGUUGAAAUAACAAGUGAACUCCCCCUUACGAUGGAAAAAAGUCAAGAUAUUCUGCUUUGAUAUUCUGAUUAAAGUUGUCUUGUUGCUCUUUUUUUGAUUUAUUGCAACUGCAAAAAGCCGGAAAGUCGAAAUGAUCAGACAUUAUCACAUACGCUGAUUUAGAGGGUUCAUUUUGAGGUACUAGGGCGUCACUUGAGUAUAUAAUUUCACCCAGUUAGAAAUUAAAAAAUCAAUUAUGAGCAUUUUUCCAGAUGCAGCACCUGGAUAAGGUCCUGUAACUUUUCUGCUGCCACUAUCUUGCUUGCUUUCUGUCUGUUUUCUUCAAUUUGGUAGAUGUCUUUUCCGCUUAGUUCCUUGUGUUUUAAGGUUUCUCACUAAUUUCUGCAAAGCUCUCUCUCUCUAGGCUAACACCUACCCCCCUCGUACUGGUUUCAGACAUUAAAAGAUACGAUAACAAUGUAAUUAACUCAUUCAGUGCCAUUGAUGGAUUUUGACGGAUUGCUCAGUUUUUUUUGUUUUCUGCUAGAGGGCGCUCCUCCCCAACAUGAGAACAGAAAAGUCGACAAAUACAUCAUAACCUUGUUACAAUAACAAAAACAAGUACUCGCCAGUGAGAAGUGUGCCAAUUAGCCUAGUUGUGGAGUGUUUUUUCUCUAUGUGGAGAGCACGAAAAUGCCGAAGUCAUUAGCCAAGAGCUAAUGGUCUCGGCGCAUCAGCUCCCGCAAGUGCGGUGCUUCCGUCUCUGGAUCCAGUGGGGAUCCUAGUACUGGACCCUCACAUCGUCAGCCAACAAUCAAAGAAAUAAUUUUCCAGCGUGUAGCUGUGGCGCAGAUGCCGUUACUGGUGAGCCAGACUAAGCCGGCGAGGAGGACAGAGCUGUCCGUGUGGUUUUCGUCCCGAGCCAAUAGGACUCCCAGCCGUCUCAAAGUGACCUAUCACAAGCGGAUGAGUAGUGGUGUCCGAGGAGGGAGGACCUUGUUGCCACCGGUCAAGUAGUUUGAAGUGAAAUGAAACAUUCUUGAAAGUCUCUCCUUCGAAAAAAUGCGUUUUCCUCAGGUUUCUUUUUCCAGAUCGGCAAAGAUGAUACGGCCACGCUGCAUUGAGCAGGCAAUAACUAAAAACAGGAGAGGGUUAGAGACUAACUUUUUUUCUGGUAUAAGAAGGGAAUCACCCCUUUCUUUUGAGAUACUGCAAUUAAUUCUAGUCCAAGCACAAGAUAUUCUGUUGGUCCUGAAAGAUAUGGAAAGUUCUAUUGGGGUCAAUGGUGGCACCAGGUGAAAAUUGCAUAAAUGAACCUGACACUGAAUGAGUUUAUCGCUCUAAUUGUGGUCUUUUUUUCCUCUUGGAUAACAUAAAAAAGCAUCAACAUGAAAUUUAGUUUUUUCAUAACUAACAGGAGCUUUAAGUUUGACACUUAACACAAAGACUUUUUCCAGUAUCAUUUCACUCCUUAUGUAAGAUAAAGUUUCAGAGAGCAGUGAGAGGACAGAGUUACAGAAAAGGGUGUUUCGGGGUUAGGAAAAGUCCCCUCAGAGACACAUUAGACACUCUCUGAAACAGUUUUUAAUUCUCACAGUGAUAAACUGACUUUGUUUGUGAAAUUUAUGGAGCGCCUCAAAUUAUCUUUCCCCAAAAGCAGAUCAAAAGAUUUGAUUUUUAAAUCACAUUUACAGAAAAAUAGACGGAUGAGCCAAAAUGCCGCUAUUAGCAGAAACGAACGGGAGGUAAAAGUUGAAGCUGAGCAGCGGGGGGAUGCAGGAGCGUUGAGUUGAUCUGCUGGUUAACCUCCAGCCUGGCGUGACCCGCGUUAGUCGCUGUGUUUAAACGGCUUAUUAAGUUACGGUAAUUAAGUGUUGCUGUUAUUUUGUCCCCCCUCUUCCCUGUAAGUCAUAGCACGUCAGUCAGCCAACCACUUAGACGCUCAGCUGGAGUGUCAGAUAGACAAGCCGAUUAGCCAUCGAGUUAAACUGCCAGAAUACUCAGCCCACCAGCAACCCAGUCAGCAAGCCAGCCAGCCAGUCAGUCCAUCAGUCAGACAACAUUAGUAUGCGUCCUGCCCUCGGAGUCUGUAUUCAGUUCAACACACGGCAGCCAAGACGGCACAUAACCAGGAGUGUAUGUGUGUGUGUGUGUGUCGAGGGGUGUUUUGACUGAGCGAGAGGCCACUUUCAAACAGUUGCGUUCUCAAGGUCUGCCGGGACUGACCUUUGACCCUUUGGACUGCUAGUGGGACUUGAGGGUGUGUGUGUGUGUGUGUGUUUGUGUGUGUAAACUGGGUGCCUGUCUGCCAGCCGUGCAGAGAGUGCAGCCUGCAGGGCCAUGUGGAACUCAUUUAACAGGAGAGCAGAGGAGUGCGUGUACGGCACAUGAGAGCAGAGGAGAGAGGAGAGAGGAGAGGAGAGGGGAGGAGAAGAGGGGAGGGAGGGAGGGAGGCUGAGGGCGCUGCUUUGCCCUGGAAAACAGGCAGGCGAAGACGUAGGAAGCAGACAGAAAAGGCAGAGCAGCUGAGCAGACAGAGGAAAAAAACGGCAGACUAGAGGAUAUUUUCUCUCCAGGAAAAAGGCUGAGAUUCCAGCAGACACCUCUUCUUUUCUCUAUUUACAUUUUUCGCUCCUCGCCGCGUCCCGCUCUCUGCUACCAAUCCGAGUCUUUUUUACUGCUUUGAGCUUGUAAAACGUAUUGCUCAAUCUCAGUGAAGGGAGGACAGGCCUCGGAAAGCGCUGCUCCCUUUUUUUUUUUCUCUCCCCCUUUGCUUUAUUUUGUCACACCAUCUCCUCAGCAUAUGUCCCAUGCUUUUUUUACCUGCAGAGACAGCAUGCAUGCUCAGUUGGCGAUAUGAGUCACCACGUUACAUAGAGCGACAGUGGGAUCAAUAGAGAGGGGAAGAAAUCAACAAGAGGGGGACGGAAUUAGAAAGACAAAGAGAAGGGUUUGCUGAGUCUUUACAGUGUGUGUGUGUGUGUGUGUGUGCGUGUGUGUGUGUGUGUGUGUGUGUGUCGGGUAAACAGAGUCGGUCAGGAGUGUGCCGCCGAGCUAUGAGAGGCCGUGUCAAACAGAGCUCGGUAUUUCCUUUCCCCCUCUGUCUCUCUCUCUAUCACUUUCUCUGCUGAUGCAUGAUCUACCACUCUGUGGCAUGUGGAAGGGGAGCCGUUGCUAUGGCAACCCAAAGCCUGACUGAAGCGAGGGUGGGGAGGGAAGGGAGCGAGGGAGGGAGGGAGGAAGGGGUGGGUGCGCAUCAACCCGGGGAGACCUAAUGCACUGCCCACACACACACACUCACACACAUAGACGUGCGCGACCACGAGCACGAGCACGCAGCGAGUGAUCAAGAUUAUAAAAGAGACUCUGUACAGGGACCUACUUAUAAGGUUAUGGAGAGCAGAGCUGGAGAUAUCAGGGGCAGAGACGCACUAACUGGAGUCAAUAAGAUUACUGUGGACACAGCCGGACAGGGAGAGGCUACAGAAACACUCCAACAAUGACAAACAACAAACAAACAAACAUAAUUCAUCUUCGUGCGUUACAACAUGGAGCAAAUAAACGCUCCGGGAAGGUUUUCUGGGGGGUCUCGCCAUGACAUCUUGUAUGUUUUAAUGAGCUCGCGGUUCCUGGGGCGAAUUAAAUUUCUCCAUAUAACAUCAAUCAUAAAUCUACGAAGAUUGCAAACCAGAUUUGAAUUAUAAAAAAAACGAACGCCCGUACUCUGAUGCUGUAAGUAUGUAGGAUUUACUCCUCGGCGAAGGCUUCUGCAGCAGAGAAAGCAAACAGCAGGUCAUCAUUUGUGAAAUGCAAACUGACCCUGGAGAUGAGAAUGACAGCUGUUUUCGUGGGAUGGCUGUGCUGAGCAGCGUUCCUUGAGUAAUGAGAGCUUUUGGCUCAGAUGUACACACACACUCUUCUUGUCUUCUUCUCUUAUCUCCUCUCUUCGACAGAGAGAAUAAAGACAUAUAUUCGCCGCCGCUGCAGAGUUAAAAGCAUAUACAUACAGUAGAUUCUCCUUGUUCUGUUUCACGGUCCAUUCAGAAACUGUCAGCUCGUAAAGAAGGAAACCGUCUGAGUCUGGAAAACUUUAAACUGUUACAGAAACAUCUUAUUAUUUGGUUUAUCUUUAUGCUUUUUUUGUUCUGAUAUAUAUUGUUAUUCCAGAACCGAAAAAGCGUCUGUGUUUUUAGAAAUGCCCGUGAGCACACCCAAAACUUACAUGAAUUCCUUUCAUCGGAUUUCAUCACACAAUUCAAUCUUCAAGCGCUUUUUUUCCAGAAGCCGACACACAAACCUUGUUCAUUAUGGCAAAGUAAAAAAGUAGACCUGUUCACUGCCUCGCUGAGAGUGAGAUGAGAAGAAUGAUACCACUCAUGGCUAUGAAACACUUUUAAUGCUAUAGCUAGCUGCCUGUUAGCUUAGCAUUUCGUGAUUUCACUCGAGAAAACGGUGGUAACGGCUAGCUGUGGUCAAAAAAAUAUCCUGCACUUUGAAAUAAUGUCUUGGUUAUUAAAAAAGUAGACCUGAUCAGUGUCUCGCUGAGAGUGAGAUGAGAAGAAUGAUACCACUCAUGGCUAUGAAACACUUUUAAUGCUAUAGCUAGCUGCCUGUUAGCUUAGCAUUUCGUGAUUUCACUCGAGAAAACGGUGGUAACGGCUAGCUGUGGUCAAAAAAAUAUCCUGCACUUUGAAAUAAUGUCUUGGUUAUUAAAAAAGUAGACCUGAUCAGUGUCUCGCUGAGAGUGAGAUGAGAAGAAUGAUACCACUCAUGGCUAUAAAACACUUUUAAGGCUAUAGCUAGCUGCCAGUUAGCCUAGCAUUUCGUGAUUUACUCGCGAAAGAGGUGGUAAGGGCUAGCUGUGGUUAAAAAAAAAUAUCCCGUACUUUGAAAUAAUGUCUUGGUUAUUAAAAAAGUAGACCUGAUCAGUGUCUCGCUGAGAGUGAGAUGAGAAGAAUGAUACCACUCAUGGCUACGAAACACUUUUAAUGCUAUAGCUAGCUGCCUGUUAGCUUAGCAUUUUGUGAUUUUACUCGAGAAAACGGUGGUUUCGGCUAGCUGUGGUCAAAAACAUAUCCCGCACUUUGCAAUAUUGCCUUGGUUGUUGAAUCUGAGUUUUUAUUUUGCAUUAUCAUGAUAUGAAGUGGCGGCAAACCAUGAUCUUCAGGUUUCCAAGCAGUGGUCGGGCACUCGAGGACACCCGGGGAUUUGUUCUUAAAGCUAGUCCAUUACUCUGGAAGUGCUUCGGUGGUGUCGAGUCGAAUCUUUGUACUUUUUCGUCUCGGAAAACUUCAGAGUGUCUCUGUGUUUCGCUCGGUCUGUGUGAAGGUGCAGGAAUCAUGCUGCACAGCAGAGACACCAGGUGAUAGCCAGGUGAUAAGCAGCACCUGGUUAUUGCCAGUUGAAUUGCUUGGCUUUCAGACUCGAGAAUUCAAUUUCUGUCUCAUUAGAUCAGAAAAAGCACUAUUUGCUAAACUCCAGGUGGGUUGCCAUAUGCCUGUUUAUUCAGUAGAGUAAAUGGCACUCAAAUGGAGCGUCGAGAACCAUUCUGAUAUUUUCUCCAGUUUCAUUUCAAGAUUGGUUUGCAUGGCCGUCGGACCACUUCCUCUUCCUUUACCGAGGUCGUUUUUCUUCACCGUUGAUAACUGUGGGAAGAUUCUAAUAGUUCAAUCUCACUUUUUCAUCUUAAAACCAAUUGUUCUCCCAGAAAACUUGGAAACUCUGGCGAUCUUUCCUCAUUCUCUUCUAAAUCGGUGUCCUUGAGUGUUCACUGAGCAUUUCUUUUAGGUUUAAUUUUGAGCGGUGGGACAUGAUUGAGACAAAUGUGGGAUUUCAGGAUUCAUCUCUGGUUCACCUUCAAGUUUGACGCAGAAAAAAGGAUAAUUGAUUCAAUAUGAUUAGAUAGAGCUGAGGUAAUUUUCACAGAUCAUUUUUUAAGUAAUAUAAGAUUUUUUUUGCAGUUUUAUUCAUUUUCAAGCCAAUUUUUUUUACUGCAACUUGCUUCAUCUUCACCUAACUUGUAAUCUACUUUUGCAAUUUUGUCGAAAAUAUGACUUCUUAGGGUUUUGGAAAUAGUGGUGAGCAGGGCUGGGUAUCAAUGCUGAUUGCUUGAAUAGAUUUGAUUUAUUGAUUUUUUAGGGAUAUUUCAGUCACAACACCAAUUUCGCAUCAAUUCUAAAAACGAUUCUGUAGUUGGUUCCAGAAAUUUUCAGCAUUUCUACGAAGUUUAACCCCGUGUUUCACAUCUUGGAUAGCUCCUUGCUUAAUCCUGCCAAGGUGUGUGCUUUAUAACAGUGGUUCUCAACUGGUGGGUCCCAAACCAAAGGUUGGCCGCAAACAUGUUCUUGAUAGGUCACGAACAGCUGGUCAAAAAAGUAAAUAUUUACCGCAAAAUUUAUUACAUAUUUGAUAUUUUCUGUAUAUGCAACUUCAGUAGUUGUUGUCCUCAUGUUGUCCCCCUCAUGUGCUCUGAAAUGCUCUUUACUCAAGAAAACAAGUAAAGAUUAAAGUCUUUGAAGGUUUUUUUAAUUCAUAAAAAAUAAAUCAGCUUGGUUUGAAUUUUAUAAGAGUGGAUCACGACUUAAGGACCAUGGGAAAAUGUGGGUCCCGGAGUGGGACCAGCUGAGAACCACUGCUUUAUAAGGUUUGCUGGUGGCUUUAUGGGAGCAACUUCAUGUCUUGCAUGUUUGUUUUAAACUCUGGUGGUGUUAUUGGAUUUGAGAUGAAUUUAAAAUGUUUAUCAUACAGAGUUUCAAACACCUCUGAAACUGUUUUGGAUUUGCUUUUUACAAUAAGGAGUUUGUAACUAAGUUUUAAAAGAGUCAAAUGCGUAGUUUACUCAAGUCUUCGAAUCAGUGGUGUCUCCCUCUGAGUUCCAGCCGCCUGCUGUUCGGCCCUCAGCAUCAGACAGGCUGAAUUUAGCCGAGCCCAGCGGUCGUUGGUAAUUGAAUGAUUUGCAGCGGCCUUAACUCAUUUAUGACGCUUUCCCGCUCAAUUUAACCUUGCCUUGCUCAUCAAUAUCGCCCUGUUGGCCUCCUCAGUUGGUCAGUGAAGUCUCAUCGAACUGCUCCUGGGUCUCUCCCCGAGAUCCGAUCGGGUUUUGGAGAAGCUUCCUCUGUACUGUCAAACUAAUUUGAGGCUAAAAUAGCAGGAAUAUAUGUUCAAAGUCUUGUGGUGUCUGUUUUCUCUCCUGUAGUUCCUCGGGGUGUGAUCCAAAAUGGCGCCCGGGUCAGGAGCCAGGCUCUCUUCCCUGUGAUCAGACCUCUUCCUGUAAGCCCUGUGGGCAGCAGAACCUCGGCUAUUAGGUGGGUUCAAGUUGCUUUCUCUUUACUACAUAAAAUAAAUCAGUCAGGGCUCUCCAUGCACAAAUACAUCCCCCCGCAUGCUCACAUGCACCGGCCUUGACACAAAUACAACAAGCACACGCACACCAAACAGAUCUCACACCGAAAAUUUCCACUACCAGUUUACACAGUAACAUUUUUUAUUGUGUCCAAACGUCAGAGGCAUUCACACGCUCUCCGGCGAACAGAACAUUUUAUCCAGGUGUGUUUAUAUAACGGUUCCACAUACACACACAGACACACAAAGAAACACAAACAGGUUUAUUAGAGGGAGAGGCCUCAUGAUUCAAAGAACACUCGGAGCAUGCAUGGACAUGCACAUCCAUCAUAGGAGCGUAAGAGUAUGAUGGCCUGCUCGGCAUAAUGAAUUAAACAUAGCCAAAGUCUCACUUAAGGUAUGCAGUGAAUAUUUGAUCACUGUAAGAGGUGCAUGUUUUUCUUGUAAGAUAUUAAUAUGCAAACCCUCUCAUCAGAAGGGAGGAGAUGUCCGAGGGACAGGGAGGACCGCUGCAGCUCCCUUUGAUUUAUUGGUUAUCAGAAAACACCGCUCUACCUUCUUGCCUAACAGAGAAAAGUGUCUGCACGCUAAUAGAGCAAAAUAUGUGUAGCAAUAAAACGCAGGAGCUGAUGUUCGGUGGACGGCGGUUAAAAGGCUCCCCUGCAGAAUCAGAGUGGGUCUGUGGCGUUCUGACUUUAAAGCUCGCAAGGACCUUUAUGUGCUGAGCAAGUUUCACAACCUCAGGGAGCGUUGGAGCUGCUCGAAAUGCAGUGUGUCAUUUGAAAAAUGCAAAGGUGGCAAUGUUAGAAUGAGUCUGCUCAUUUUUUGAAAGCAACCGCCGACUCUUUGCGGAGAUCAGAGGUUUUAAUCAGAGCGCAGGAACGUGCGCACGAGGCCCUCGGGGAGUGUUUUGAGGUUGAUAGAUUAUCACGUUUUCUGCGUUCGAGCCAAAUGCAGGAGAGUGAAGCCGCCUCGGUAAUAGCAGGACACCACAAUGCAAGUUAACACAACUUUUGUUUAUAUCACCUGAAAGUGAGAGAGAACUAAGAUAAACUUACAACGAAAAUAAAAUUCUGCAAGACUGAAAAUAUACGACAAUAGAAACAGUCAGAUGUAUGAAACAGGGCUGUCUAAGUUAAAGCUCCUGUGAGGGAUUUUUUAGGCCAUAGACAACAAAAUUAACUAUUCCUAUGUUUAUAUUUGUGAUGCCUGUGACUACUAAAAGGGGUUAGGUACACUGAAGAAACUGCCUCAGCUACGUUUCUACAGCAAAUGUUCACAAUGAAUGAUAGAUUUCACUGCAUAAAGACAACAGGAAGAGAUUUUUUAAUCCACUUUUUUCAAAAUAAAUCAAUUUAUUUUGGAACUUUGCAAAGUAUUCAUGAUAUUCUAGGGAGUUUGGGGUCAAAUUUGGCUAAUACUUUGGAUAAUUCUCAGGAUGAUUUUGAACAUAGGAACAUGUUGAUUACUUGGUCUGACGCCUACCCACUGAAGUCGUCUCCAACUGUCUUGUUUGCUGGUUUUGGUCAUAAAGAGUCAUCAGUUUUAAGUUCACUCUGGUCCUGAACCAGCGAAAAAGAAAUAUUCAAGAAAUAUUCUUCGACUUGAUUAGGGUUUCAAGUUCACACAUGAAAACUGCUGAACAGGGUCCUGCAAAGACUGCUAGAUGAGAUUUAUAAAAACUCCAUAAAAGCUGCUAAUUAAAUAGGAUGAAAUUAGAAAAAGAUGCUUUAUCUUCAAAAUCAUACUAAGAAUGAUCCAAAUAUUAGCCAAAUUUGACCCAAAACUCCCUAGAAUAUCAUGACAACUUUGCAAAAUGGGCAAAAUUCCAAAAUGAAUCAAUUUAUUUUGAAAUACGUGGUUAAAAAAUCUCUUCCUGUUGUCAUUUUGCAGUGAAACCUAUCACUCAUUGUGAAUAUAGAAUAUUCUUAGACUUGAUCAGGGUAUGGAUAAGUUCACACAUGAAAACUGCUGAACAGGGUCCUGAAAAGACUGCUAGAUGAGAUUUAUAAAAACUCCAUAAAAGCUGCUAAUUAAAUAGGAUAAAAUGAGAAAAAGCAGCUUUGUCUAGUUUAAAUUCCAACCAAAAGGAAUUCAAAUGCAAACAGUCGUCAGUUUCUUGUGAGGAUGUUUGAACAGGUGUAGAGUUUGGCUAAAUGUAGAACUUCUAUUGGCUGCUGCUGCUGCAGGUAAGCCAUCCUUCUCCUCUCAAAGCAGCUGCCAAUACCAAUAAAUAACUUUUUCAGCUAUUAUCUGUAUCAUGCCGGUAACACUGUUCAUCCCCAGAUGAGAGUAAUUAAAAUGUGAAAAUAUCCCUUUAAGGUACAUUUAAUGUUAAUUAAAUCAUGCAGUAAAUCACAAUUUUAAAAAGUUAAUUGUUUGACAGCCCUAAUUAAAUUCAAUAAAUAAAGAAACUUCUGGUUAACGUGACAGCAGACGAGGAUAUUCACUCUCUGUAUCUUCUCACAGAUCAUCCCUUGGAGAUUAUCUAAGCCGAGGACAGGACAGCCCAUCCUGCUACUCUCCUCCGCCCUGCGGCGAGGACCUCCAAGACGACCACACCUACAGCACCGCCAAAUCCCCCAGCAGGUUGUGCUCCUCCCAGGCCGACGACGCUUCCUCCCCCCUGGAAGACGACGACAUCAUCGCCGUGGAGAUCCAAUCAGACGUCAAACCCGAGCCCAGGGAGAUCCCUCUGGAUUCUCACGUCACCACUGCCGCCGCUACCUACAUUUCCCAGCAGCCCCUGCGCGGACAGAGACGUAGUUCAGGAGCGGGUGCUGGGACUCUGGCAGGAAGCAGCCUGCCCUGGACCAAAACCCGAGCGAGGUGCAUUAGCGACACGCUGCCGCUGAAGAAGCGGCGCGCGGCAGCGGUGGAGAAGCCGCCGGAGAGCGACGACGAGGAGAUGAAGGAGGCGGCGGGGUCGCUGCUUCACCUUGCGGGGGUCAGAGCCUGCCUCAACAACAUCACAAACCGCACCGCUAAGGGCCAGAAGGAGCAGAAAGAGGCCCUGAGAAACUAAGACGCACACAUAGAACAAGUACAUAGUCAUGCAAACACACACACAGACGAUUCACAACUCAAAAGCACGCACACACACAUGAACACACACCUGCAUAUAUGACACACAAAUAGGUCAACAGGUAUCGUUACUACAGCAUUAGUCUCAACGGACAUGUCUCAUCUCCCUCUAUCUAUCUGCAGGGCAUUAGGUGAAUCCUACUUAUUUGUGGCAAUAUCAAAAAUCUAUGUUUUCCUACAUGUUCAGCAACACUAACAUCUAUGGGUAUUUCUCAUGUGUCUUUGUUGUUUUUGUUGUUUAAAAGGGGAUGAAAGCCAUAAAAAAAAGCAUGUUUUGUCACUAAUUUGGACAAGCUGAACCACGACAAAGCGGAAUCACAUUGAGGAGCGUACAGUACCUGAACACGGAGGAUGGCUGUUUGUCUUACCUGUUUGUUUCUAUGUGAAUCUGUAGCAAUCUCGCGGUGAUGCCAGCAAAAGGCGGCGGCGGCGGAGGCGAGGAGACGGGCGCUACUCGACGAGACUUAGCGCUCUUUCUCCGGGGGGGCCGCUCGCUGGCGUCACUCGCCCAUAUCCACGAGCACAAAUGUGAGACUGUGCCAAAGACAAGCGACCAGGUUGCUUCAUGUAGCCGAUACGACAGCUGACAAAAAAUAAAUAAAGAAAGCAUAGUAGUAAAGGAGAGAAUGACCUUAAGUGUCAAAAUAAUUGUAAAACCCAAUGUGAUAUAUAUUCAUGCACUUAAGAUUAUUUAACGCCACUUAUAAUAGAAGCAUCAUGGGUAAAGACAUGGUUUUAUUUCAAGAGCACUCAUAGUAUUUAAGAAUAGAUAUUUUAAAAUAAAAAAAAGGUCAUGUUUAUCACCAUAGAGAUGGAUAGUGUGCCGGGUCUGAGGCAAUAUCUCCUUCAUUUUGUUGUUGUUGUUGCAUAAUGUAAACGUCCCUAAAAACCUCCCCAGUACUUCUGUCCAUAGACGUAGACACCUGGUAUAGAUAUCGUAGCUACCAGCAGCUACCACACCUUCCGUUUCAUUUGACGACGUCAAAGAAAUAUAUACAUGAACUGUGGGUUUGGAUUUCUGUUUGUGUCUGUUUACCCUCACUCUACCCUCAUAAAGAUAUAAGCAAUUUGUCCCGUGUGGACAACUCUGUAAAAAGGUUAGAAAAUAUUUUAUUUUUUUCCUUUCUUAAUUGAAGCAAUUUGACCUGCAGGACUUUCUCAGUUAUAUUGCAUGGGUGCUUGUAAAUAAGAUAAAAAGCAAAUCUUUUUUAUUCAAAGAUCAUGUAAGAUAAACGAUGUAUUUAGCAUGAAGCAUGACUUAUUUUCAUAUAAACCUUGAUCCUAGAGGAAAGAAAAAAGUUUUGCCGCCAAUUCUUAUACCCGUGAUUAUAUCGGAUUUGUUUUUCGUUUGUUUGUUUCUUUCUUUUGAAUCUUCUUUGGUUCCUUUUUUUUUUUCUGAGCGGGCUUUCAAAGACAAGUCUUCAGGGAGGAACGUGGGAGACCACUCUGCAAUUAGAGGCCCCAGGGUGCCACCUCCGGGCUACGGGUUCAGGCUACGUAGGCCAGCUGAAUCACCUCUUAGGGGUGGGCUUCCGUCUUCUUCUGCCUGUACAGUGAUUUUUUUAGGUGUUCAGUGUUAACCCCAGUGUUAUUUCCGAACACAUGUGUAGAGUGUGUGAGUUUGUGUGCCCGGGAACACACACCCUUUAACAUUGUGCCUGCCUGCCUGCCUGCCCUCAGUACCUCUGUGGUCAUGUCUCUGACAUGCUUACCUGUCUUUAUUUAUAACAGUAUUGUUUUUUUGUUUUUCUUUCUCUCUCCUGUGUGUAAAUGUACAUGUGUCCUUAUUUUCCAUCAGCAUCGUUCUGUGUGUUCGUGCGGAUCAGACGGGCAUGGGAAACUUUGUAUGUGUCCUGAAGGAACCUCAUAUCUCCAAAAAGGCUACUGGGGAGUUGAAUUGAAAAGAGAGAGGAAUGUAGAGAUGGCUCAAACGAUUAAAAAAGCGUGUUUUUGAUUCACAUACAGUAUUCUUAACCCUUUGACUAAAGGACUUACCUGCCAGUACGGAUCUCAUUUUUAUCUCAGAGCCCAAUCUGGAGAUCAGAGGUUGUUUUUUUUACUCUAUUAAAGUGUAUGUGUAUCUCACUUAGGGUUGUGCAAACACUGACUUGAUUGAAAUUUACAUACCUUUGACAUCUUUGCAUUAGAAGUGGUAUAAACACUGCACUGCCAUUAUUCGGCAUGCCUUUGCUGAAAUGAGAAUGCAUUACAGUAUUGAUUCCCCCCCUCUGCAGAAAUGCAGCGCGUAUAAAAGCGGCUUCAUAGGAGGAAAAAUAGGCAGGGUUUGGUUGUAGCAGCAGCAGUCAGACACGGUUUUAGUUUUAAGCUGUUGUCAGCGAGCCAAGCAGGCAAACAAAUGCAUGUCACAUCCACUGGUACAGUCCUCUGCCACCUGUAGCAUGCAUCACUGGCUUUGCAUUUUGUAUGGUAACCAUGCCGACACAUAAAAAAAGUCCAAAAGGAGACGCUGUCAGUGUUCUUGUUGUGUGCCAUCCGUCUCUUGUCUGAUAUCUGUCUGAGUGCCCCCACAGCCCCGGGUCAAGCACUCCGCUGUAUUUGCAGUAACAAUCCACUGUUGUGGUGACUAAUAACGUGUUCAGCUGGUAAGAGGCAUGUUGAGGGGGGAUGUGUUGCUUUAGCAACCACCUUUUUUUCUUCUGACUCACUCAGUGACAUGCAGGAGAGAUGAACUCCUGACCUUCGAGUCGUGGAAAAACAGAGCAGCACAUAACAUAAAGCUGGGACAUUUUAUCGCAAAGGAAGCAAACUUCACUGCCUGAACAGCCCCUAAAACAAGUGUUUCUUUCAAACCUGCCAAACAUACAGUGAAACGCUCUAAAAAAAAUACUUGUUGCCAUUUUUUAUUUGCUGAUGCUUUACGCGCGUUUUCAUUUUCUGUUUUGUUUUCUCUCUGACAAAAACUAUCUACAGUACUGCCAUUAUUUUUCAGUGACUGUCUGAGCUGAAUAUUGGAAAGCCAUAGGUUAGAGAUGUCAAAAUGCAAAACUGUUAUUGAUCUGUGAGAUGUGAUGCAGAGUACACCCAGGUGUUGGUUUUUUCAGUAAAUGUUCAACUCUCCUCUUUAUUGUGCAAUCAUAUUGCCAAAGAAUGAUUUCAAGACCUAUUUCAUCACUACAUGUAAAUAUCAACGUUGUCCAAUACCGUGGCAAAAAAUAUAUAAAUGUUGUUUUAUUUUGUUUUCCAUUUUCUGAAAAACUGCAAUGAUGUUUAUGUGAUGUAUUGUCUUCCAGUUGGUUGCAAUAAUAAAAAAUACAAGUUGCAGAAGAUUAGUUUGGCUGUUCCUUUAACGGAUCAAACGUGAAAGCUGUAAUCAAAGACAAUAGUUCCCACAUUGACUACUAUGACACAUUUAAUAACAGCAUCACUGAUCGGCAGUGCAUGUGGGCUAACCAAAGUAGCAAUUUAACAAUUUUUCCUCUCAUAUUCAUGGUUAAAUAUAGAAAACGCUUACAAGAAAGCAUACCACCCUUCCUACGCCCCCUCCUUUUCAGCACUCCAGCCUGCAACGCUAACCCCCAUUACUGGUAAAGUGGCUGCUUUGUGAGACUGGAGACUCUUUAAUUUGCUCUCAAGACUGACCCCAAUCAUUAACCUUGCAUAUUCCCAUCAACAAGGGCCUUAUCAUAACCAUGCCUCUUCCUCCAGUUAAUUAUUCAUUUACUUAUUCUAAUCAUUGAAGUUCAAUACUUCUGAUUAAAGUCAAACUCCGCUCCCUCCUCAGGGAAAGACGUAAAAGAGUUAAGUGUACCAAAGAGUUCCUCAACGCCUUAUCAAUCUGAGAGGUGCCAUUUUGGAGCCGUGUGGCAGUGGAAGCCCAUUCAUAAUUGAAGCCGAGACAGGCUUAAUCUAGAGCCAGUGCCUCCCUGUGCAGCGCGCUCCCACCACCAACACAACUGGAGCUAGCAGCUCCUCUGUUGCUAUGCAACUACAGCAAAGAAAGAAGGGGGGGAGAAAAGUGUGCGUUCACUAGAUCUUUAGAGGGCAUCAUACCACUCAGUUACAGAGAGGGAGACUCAAAGGUAGCGACAACACACUCCGGAUAACA